AUGUCUGAUCCAAUUAGCGAGGUGGCCUUUUCGCAGCCAAAACUUCCAGCCAUCGGAGAUUCAAGGAGUUUGGUCUCACAACCCACCAUUACCACUUCUUCAGGCUUGAGUGAUGCUAGCGAUCAAGAGAGGCUGAAUACUUCUCGGCCUAAGAGUAGCGUCGAUUUGGAUAAUGGCGAUGUUCAAAUUUUGCUGCAACAAGUUUCACGCAGUUUCGUGAACGCUUUGCAGCUAAACACGAAACAGUCCUGGUAUCACCUCUGCGAAGUUCUGGAUAUUAUCGAGCCAUACUCGCACUUUUUGAGUGGAACUCCACAAAUAAGGCAUUACGUUGACCGUGUUUACGUUAAAAUCAAAGCAAGCGGGGAUGAAAAUGAUUAUGGAUUUGUGGAAAAGAAACUGCUGGCUGUCUUUCCUGACGAGUUAUCUGUCUCCCUCGGAGGUACUAGACAACAAGCUUUCUCAUUUCCAACUGAACCUUCUGUGGACAGUCUAUUUACUCCAAGGGGGCAACAGCCAUCGUUAUAUAAGGGGGUAAAAGUCCCCCGUGGGGUGCCAAUUUUUCCAGGGGGUACCACAUACAUUUUUGAUCAUUCAGAUGGAGAUGCAAAAAGUCAUGGUCCCAAGCCAUUGUGUAUGGAAGAUCUCAAAAGAGCUCUUCCAGGAGUAGUGCGAGAGAUAGCUAUCAGAGAAGCCACACUGGGAGGAUCAUUAGGAACAACUGCAUUAGCAUUGGAUAUUGAUCUCCCACAAACACAUGUUCCCACUCCUCCAUCUAUUCCAAGGGGGUCACCAAGUUCUCCUGUCAUCAGGAUACCAUUGCCUGAAUCAGGGAGGGUCACUCAACAGAGUGACGUUAAGAGAGGGAUUUUGGGAAAGACUGGCAGAGAAGUUGUGGAAAAUUUUGUCAAAGGACGAUUCCUUGGUCAAGAAAAUUUUGCCUUUUUGAAUGUUGCACCUUCAGUGCGUUAUGAUCCAUAUAACCUGGUGGUUGUCCCUGAGGAUAAAGUGAAUCCUGAACAUUAUGUGAUUUCAUCACAUUGUGUUUUGCAUGUGAACCCUAAUGGUCCAUCAGAGACACAGUCAUUGGCAGAAUGGUACAGAGAAGCAUGCUUGUUUAAAGCAAUUUCAAAUAUUGGUUUUUUCAAGAACUUUGUUGUCACCAAAAUGUUCAGGAAAUGGAAGGACAUAAAGAAAUUCAGUCAGUUUCUCAAAGUUGAAGCUGAGAUUGAGAAGUCUCUCAUUUCAAAUGUCCCCAGUUUUGGAUCAGCUUUAAUAAGGAUUUCAAGUCUCCUUCAGGACCUGGAAAAGGUCACUUUUUUACCAUUUCAGAUCAAUUUCUCAUAUUCCCUGGAGGAAUUUGAGGACACUAUUUUCAAAACUUGUGGCACAGGUUACAAAUACAUGGAAAAGUUUUUCAGCUACUGCCAAAUGAUUGUAGAUAAAACACAGGAGAGUUGUUUUGAAUAUCUAGAGUACUGUGAAGGGCAAGUAAAAAAUCACCGCCAUAACUAUCAGGAAUCACUAGCAGUUGCAAAAAAGAAGAGAGCAGUCAGACAACACAAUUUGAAGCUUGCUCGAGAUGAGUUUAAAAGGCUUGGAACCUUUGUACGUUUGGUGGACCACAUUAUUGUUUCGAAUCUAUUGAAAUUAGUUCAAAGGAACAUUUCUAGAUUUGUGGAUGAAGCAAUGCCUGGCCCACAACCUGAAAGGGAUGGGCUUUUUUCGGCUGAAAUUGAGUUUGGGGAUGACCACAAGCUUACUUUGUCGCCAUCUGUAAAGCAGUUUUCUCAUGCUGUGUCUGUUGCAGUGGGGAGUGUUAUAAGUGCUUCCUGUAAUCUCUCACAUGCCAUGGAGUUGGGAAGCAAAGCUAAACAUUUCCAGAAGAAAGCAGAGAAUGGAAUGCAUGAACAAGUGGAUUGUAGUGAACCAAAUGAUUUUCAGUUUAGUGACUCCAUGAAACAAACAAAAACUGGAGACAGACCAAGUGAUAUUGAAAAGCUGAUAUAUGGUACUGAGAAACAAUCUGAAACCUUAAUGACUGGUGGACAACAACCCAUGUCUACCAACACGGUAAGAAAUGACUACCAGGGUACUUGUUAGUUACAAUAUUAUUAUAAUUAUUGUAGUUUGAGGUACAUGAAUAUAAUGAGAGAGUGUAGGUGAGAGGAUUCUUGAAAGAUGGAGAGGUGAGUUUCUAAAGAGAUUGUGGUGCUGCAUUGGAGUGGUGUGUUGCAAGAUACAUGUAAUUUGGUUUUAUUAACAAAGUUGGUUAACUGCAAAUUAGUCACUGUUAAGAGAGGGACAUUGGGAUUUUCGGUUUUGCAGUUUUGGCUAUUUUUUAGAAUGGGUUUUAGGUUUCAGUGCCAAAAAACUUCAGUUUUUUUGGUUUUGAUGUUCAUUGUGCUUUGCACUGGAUUUUGGUUUUUUUUUAAAUUAGCAUUUGGUUUUGGGCUUUUGUAAAAACCAUAAUGGAUUUUCAGAUUUGGUAUUCGAUGUGGUUUUCUGUUUUUCCUAUUUGGGUUCCAGUCUAGUAGCCAUGAAAGCUCUAUUUGUUCUACUUGUCACUGUCAGUAUAGGAUUGAUUAGGGUUUUGAUUACUGGGAUGUAAAAAUUUAUUGGUUUAGGCAGUUUUGCAUGGGGUUUUCGGUUUUAAUGGAAGUUCUUUGUGAUUUUGUGGUAUUGGAUGAUUUUUUUAAAUGGUUUUUUGGUUUCUAAUAGACCCCGAUGCCCCCCUCUAUAAAGAGUUUCUGAAGCUGACAUUUUGAGUGUUAGCCCUUUGUCAUUUCUCUGAUGAGGGGCUAUUAUACUCAAAAUGUUAGUCUUGAAAGAUUUUUUUGCAACCAAAUAUAUUUCAUCAUCACUGUCAAGUAAUGAUGGCUUGUGCUUGGGGUUAGAGACACAAGUCACUGUAAAUGAUAUCAAUUAUCUUUAGAACUACCCUCAUCCAGGUGAUUGCUGCACAUGUACAUGUACAUGUACAUGUACAUGUACAUGUACAUGUACAUGUUAGAAGUUGUUUGUGACUGUCAAGCUUAAGACUUGUUCAAUAUCUCCUAAUUUCCUAAUUAAAAAUACAAGUAAUGCAUGAGCUGGGACAAGCAAGGAGUGGGAAUGGUGAAGUGGUGAGAACACUGGUUCAGGUUCAAUUCAUGGACUUGUUGUCACAUUUGGGUUGAGUUUGUUGUGGGUUCUUGUUCUUGCUCUGACCCUUUUUCUCCAUAUCCUUGGGUGUUGUUGCCUUCACAAAAAUUGACAUUCUACGUUCCAAUUUGACCUGGAAACAGUGGACAAGAAGAGCCACCUUGUGGAAGUCAUCUGCUAAAUUCUCAUUAUUAUCCCAUUAAUUUAAGGUUAUGUACUCUUUGGAUGGGUUAUUUCACAGAACAAAUCUGCAUGUUUGUCUUUUAGACAGCACAUCUGCAAACCCUGCAAGGAGAUGAUCAAGGUGAUGUCCUAGAAAUUUUUGGAAGCCCAACCACAGUCACAAGGACAGAUGAUGAAAUCUAUGAAGACUUGGAUGGUUUAAAUUCUGAUCUGUCAAGUGCAAGAGAUAUGUCAAGACAGGCCACUCUUCAACUUUGCUUUCGGCAAGAGCCUGAUGGAGGCCUUCUAGUGGAAGGGCAACGCUUCCAGGAUUUUUUAAUUGAUAGGAGUCCUCUAACCAAGGAGAAACUAAUGGAGAUAAUCCACAAGAAGUGAGUUGUGUUCUCAUUGUUUCUUGAAUAGAGAUAAAUAAUGUCAAGGAAGUACAAAGAAGUAUUUAUAUAUCAAUUAACUGAGGCUUCUCUGUUUUUUGUUUCAUUUUCUUUAGUAAACAGAUCACAGAGGCUUUUCAGCGACAAGAAGAUCUGCUAUCACAAGCCACUGAAGAAGUGGAGCAGUUUUGUGAUGAUCACAGUUGGGUGGCUGUAAUCCAUGAGUUUGUUUCUUCUUGGGGAAGUAGUGACACACAUAAGUUGAGAGGUCAACAGACCAGUAAGAUUGAGGUAUGGUAUCAUCAUCAUCAUCAUCUUUUUUAUUUGCCUUAUAACAAAAAUUUAUUUACAGCGGUUAUAGCUAGAAGGCAAGGAAACCCGACAAGUAGACAAUUUUUACAACUUAAGUUUCUAAGUUCACCCUGAGUAUCUGCUGGAGAACAAGGACUGUCCUAGGAGUGACAAGGUUCUAAUUUCUCCUUUUAAAAUCUCCCUUGAAUCAAAAGUUUAAGUCACAAGAAUAAAGGAAAUGAUCAGAGACUGACAAAGCUCUUGGUGGUUUUACAAAUCCUCCUCGUUAGAACCUAGGAAAUGUACAGAGAACAGUAUGGAGAAUAUGAAUAAUAAUGUUAGGGUGUAAAGGGUUUGGAGAAAAAGAAUAGCUUGAUGAAAAUUUGAGCGUAGGGAUGCUAUAUUCCAUGUCACUGUGCAUCUCUUCAAUGAUAGAUUGCAGAUGAUGUCAAGAAGUGGGGCAGCCAAGUAUGUUACUGAUGUUUGAACCAUAUUUUGACUUCUUUUGUGAUCUACUAAUGCACAGACCCAUGGCGACAUGGAAUCUAUUUUUUAUGAAAUAAAGAAGGACAAGACUGUUCAUUAUGGCAUCAUCAAUGCAUCUGUCUUCCAUAGCUCAUAUUGAAUUUAAAUAAGAACCAGUUGAAAUGUGCAUGUAAUGGAGUUAUUAUAUAAUUGGUGAUAUUUGCUUCCAGCUCAGAUACAAGAAUAUUUCCACCUGCACUAUUUUCAUUAUUUAUAAGAAUGCCAGAUAAUUAAGUGGGGAGAUGAAACCAAUUUUUUUUUUGUACGGUACAUGUACAUGAUAAUUUUGGAUGGGUACACAAAUGCACCAUAAACAUUUAGUCAUCUUGAAUUCCUCAUUGGCCAGAUGCCCAUAUUCAACUAAAAGGUACAUGAUUCAUUUGAUUCACUUUGAAAUGGAAGAAGGAGUUAUAUGCUGGUGCAAGUGGACAGGUCUCCCAUCAUUGCAGCUUGCAUUCAUUACCUGGUUGACUGGAUGUCACUGUGGCUUUAAUUUAUUGUUGGUUCAUCUCCUUUUAUUAUGAUUUGUCUCUUUUCUCUGUUUUCUUCCCUCCCCAAAAUUAUCCUUCCAAGCUCCAACAUCACUGAAUAAAGUACCACCUUGUGGACUUGCCAUCACUAAAAGCUAUAAACUUUUAUUGAUCAUUUAUUUAUUUAUUUGAUAUUUAUUUCAUAGCAACAACUGAACCAGAUCAAGACAUGGAAGGAACAAGUGUUCAGCAUGGCCAAGAGUUUUUGCACUCAGAAUGGAAUAUUCUUUGUGGACUGCCAUAAAGUACAGGAAGUGCUUCUUCCACAAUUGAACACCAUCUUUAAGGAGAUGAUGCAGUUGAUCAUUACAGAUGUCAUUACAUUUUCUGAUGAGGUGAUCAAGGAUGUUGACAAGCUAUCUGAGGUAUGUGUGCUUAUGAAGCUAUUUCGUUUUAUAAUGUUAUCGUUAAUAUUCAGCAGUAAAUUUACUCUUCUUUGACAUACUUUCAAUAAAGUUGAUAUUUAUGGCCUUGGUGGGUACUGUUCAACCAUGUCUAGUCCUGAGAUGUGACCAUGAUUCCAUUGUACAUGUGCAUCUAACUGUGUAGUCAGAUAAUAAAGAUACUCAUUCACAAUCCACAACUUAACUAUCUACUUAUCUACUACUUAUCUACCUACUGUACUUCAAAACGUGAAGCAAACUGUUUAUAAAUUAACAAUUAACAGGCACUUUAUUCUUUGAAGAAGAGAGGCUAUUACUAACAGUUACUUUUGUUGAUAUUUUAAUGAAACUCAAGAUGUCAAAAUAAUAAAAUUUUUUUUGUUUUACUGUUAUUGACAUUGAUUUCAUGUUUGUAUGACCUUAGCUUUUGAAAGAUCAGAAGACAGACAUCAAGGGAUUUUCAGAUUUCAUCCAAAAGCUUUCAACUGUCAAAAAACAUGUGCUUAGUUUGAAGGAGAAGGUGGAGUGCAUCAAAAAUCUUUAUGAGGUGAGGUGAAGAUUUCAUAGAUAUGUAGUUGUGGCACAGAAGAUAUUAAAAGGGUCAGGGGGCUAUUAAUUUGAUAUAUCAAUUAUGAAAGACAUUCUUGUGGUAUUUUGCACUUUGCUGCAGGUGAUCAGGAGUUGUUACAGGCAACUGACCCCUGAAGAGGAAAUGAUGGAAGAAAAGGUAUUUGACUGUUCUGCCCGGUUUUCAUUGUCUAGCAUGAUUGUGUGUAAGACUGUGUAGGUUGUGUGGAUUGUGGCAUAGUUACAUAAUUAUUCUUACCUUAGGAUACAAAAUAAACUUUUUACAUGUAUUUGCUUGUCUUUAUGCAAUCAUUUUAUAUGUACAUGUAUUGAGGAAACAAAAAUGCUUUCCUAACACAAAUGGCAUGUUCUAUUUGAUGUUAUAACAUAGCUAAUAAAUUUGACUGUGUAAUCAAAUUCAAUUAUUGCAAGAGCAUGCUUCAUAUUCCUAUUGUGCACGCUCAUGAUGUUAGCAAACAAAUCCCUUGAGAAAAAAAAUUUUCCAUCAGGUUGAAAAUGUUAUAAAACAAUUGGUUCACACGUCAGCUGACUGUGUUCAUCUAGAUAUGAAGCACUUGGGAAGUUUGGAGAGCACUCAAGAAGCUAGAGUUGCUCUCGGCUAUGCCUCGAGCAACUCUUAUGCAUCUUUCAUGCUCUCCAAACUUCCCGUGUGCUUCAUAUCUCGAUGAAUGCACACUGAUGUAUGAACCAAUUGUUUAUUCUAUUCUAAUCAUGUGGUUAACUCCUUUCCAUUAACUGGAGAUGCUGUGAGCACAAGGAAAAAAAAUUUGUUUGAAGUCCAAUGUUGUUGAAGAUAGACCAGUUGUAAGUACAGUGGAGGAGUUGAAUUUUGAGCAGCUGAGAAACAAAUUCAGUCUGAAGGCAGCUAGAUCAGAAAAUUUUAUUCAGGGAUCUCCUAAAAUCAAAUCCAGAGCCUUUAACUAUUGGACAUUCAUGUACCACCUGCGUGAUGUACAUAUUAGGAAUCCUGCGACUUGCUUUCUUUGAGGUCAUGUGCAGCACCAGGUUUUUUUUACUGUAGAAUCUGUGAUAAAAUACUGUGAUGAAAUGCUGUCGGAACUAUAGAUGCUAAGUAGCAAAAACUUAUGUUUGCUGCUUAUAUCUAGCCCAGUAAUUUUUAUGCUUUUUAAACUUGUUACUUUUAUUAUGUUUUUAAACUUUUGAUUAUUGAAUUAGUAAUUAUUAUAUAUAAUUUAAACUUACUGUCUUAUAAUCUGUUCCCAAAUUACAUUAUCCUUUUAUCAUUCAUUUUCUAGGUCUGGGCCACUUGGGAAAGUUUCUUGUUUGGUCUGCAAGAAGCAUCAGACUUUGUAGAGGUCCACAAACCACAAGUCUCAGCAAAGCUGAUAGAAAUAAUCAGUGUGAGUAAAUUUUUCAGAACUGUUUGUGGAAAUUGAAAGUAAGGGAUUCAUGUUGAAGUCCACUUUUACUUCCUCAACAUAGAGUGGUAUUUUAAAAUAAAAUGAUCUUAACUUGUUGAGGUUGGUGUUAUUCGUUGAUGUGCUAAUCAAAGCCAAAUUGAAGGGUUUUCAAGGCUACACCCAAUGAUGUGGACUGAGUUGUUGACAAAAAGGGAGCUACAAUCUACAAAAAAAAUUGGUUGAUGCAAUAUUUACACAGCCACUUUAAGGGCUGUUUUUAACAAAAUUUCAAAAGUGCCUAGCCUUUCACUUCCCAUAUGCCAUGUUUAACAAUCGCAGAAAACAAAGUGCAUCAUUAUACACAGGGGAAGAGGACAUGAAAGGUAUGGUUUCCCUUCAGAUCAUUGACACUGAGCUUCAGUCUGUUGAUCUGAAAUAAACCUUUUUUUUGUCUCCAGGCGCUACAAUGUACUGCUGAAGAAAUUGGCCAGACUGCUACUACAGGGAAAUUUCUUGAUCCAAAUGAGAAGCCGUCUUCUAUCUUGCAGGACAUGAGGGAGGUAAGAUUUUUGUGCACAUUAAUGUUCAUGAAUGUACUGGAAAGAUUUAGGCAGUUAAAUACUACUGACAAGAAGUAAAUAUCUGUCUUGAAGAAUGUACAGUGUAGUCAGUUACUUGUACAUUAGUUGGUAUUUAUUAUGUGUAGUUGUGCAGUUCUCAAAUUUUUUUUUUCAUUUAUUUGGUAGCUGAAAGAGAAAUUUGUUGGAAUUCGUGACAAGCUAGCAGAACUGAGCAAGUGCCAAGCUAUUAUGCUUGGGAGUGAAUAUGACUUGGGACACAUCACUGGCAUCCUUCUUGCCAUAGAGAAAAGGCAAGAGCUGUGGAAGUAUUGUGAUUCAUCAUCUUAUACCAUUCGGGAGUGGAUGCAGACAGUUUUCAAGAAGGUAUAGAUUAUUAUAUAGAUUUUUAUAUGUAUGUCACUAGCAAUGUCAUAAGCAGAUGUAAUUAUUGUCACAACUGUGUAGUUUCAGUCCAAAAUUUAAAGGUAUUCUGUGGAGAACAAUGCCUGUUCUGGCAGCCCUCAUUGAUAAACAAGAGAUAUGCCACCAGAACAUUCAACACAACAACUUCCUGAGCAAUUUUGUGUAUUAGGAAAUACUCUAUGGAGUGCCUUUGUAUUACUGGAAAGGAGGAAAGGGAGGAUAUUAAGAGUGGUGUUGCAUUUGUUUUCAAGUGAAUCCAUGUAUAAAUAUGUGUGCAAUGUGUCAGACCCAUUUAACCCUUUUCAACCAAACAUCUGUUUGGUAAUGCUACCUAUUGUCUGUUAUACAACUCUAAUGAGGUUAGUUUGGAGAAUUUGGUAUCAAUAGAAUUUUUCUCCUUAGCCUCAUUGCUGGUCUGCUUGUCAUUGUAUUGAUUUUGUAGGGAGAAAUUCUGUCAUGGUCACUCCUGGGAGUUUAAAGGGUUACUUACAGUGUAGGUUGAUUUCUCUAGGAAGAAUCCACUGUCAGACAAUAUCAAAUGUUAGAGUGCCUUUCAUCAAAUAGAACAUGCUCUUUCUAAUGAUGAAGAACAGUUUACUCUUGCUAAUAUUACAUGCAACUAUUGGGUAACAAUGACAAUUUUAAGCAUAAGGACCUUCCUGUAUAUCACUCAAGCCCCUGGAUUUCAUGGAAAUGAUCAUCUUUGGUACCAUUCAUAAGAGUUACUGUGUUCUCAAAAUAACAGAGCCCAAAAAUAAUUUCCCAUCAACAUACAUGUAUUCAGUCUUAUUGCUCAAAAUUUAGGUGUUUUCAUGCUAUGAAUUUUUAGAAGUAUAGAAAUUCUACUCGUAUAAAAAGCUAGAUCAGUUGUUUAUCUUGUAUGUAACUGAAGGUGGUGGCCCACGUGUUCAGUAAUCAUCAUGGCUUGUUGUAAAAGUAUACAAGCUCCAUUCCAAAUGUACUUUUAACACUAAUUGAACAUCCUGUUUAUUUAUUUAUUUUUUUUCCUGUAAUCAAAGAUAUUAAAAAAUUUUUCUCAUGGGUUUUCAGGGAACCAAAAAAAUAGUUCCAGAUGGGUUCACAUGGUCACAGGGUAUGGAAAAUUGUUUGCUCUGGGAUUUGAAAUCCUGGGGCUUGAUCACUCUUAGUCAUCUACAAUAAUUCUGUAAUAGUUUUUUUACAGUCUAAUUAUUCUAAGGGUUAUGAGAAUGAGAGUUUCAUUUUGUCAUGGGUAUUUCCCCACUUUAAUUUCAAUUUCCUGUUUUUUUCAAGGGGUCCUGAGAUGUGAUCUUAAAUUUUUCAUGUGUGUACUUACAUUUUACCUAUGCAUAGCCAAUUUAAAUCACAUUGAACUUUUAUCAAUGUUACUUUAAUGCUGACUAUUUUCAGAUGAAUGUUAAGAAGGCAAUGGACAAACUCUCAGAAUGGGCCAAUGCUGGAGAGAAACUGAGAAAUUAUCUUCCUGAGAAUGAUGAAGUUCUGGUUUCCUGGCUGUCUCAGUUGGAAGAGUUUUCUCAAGACUUGCCUUUCCUACUUCAACUCUCUAGCGAUGCUCUCAAGGUACAAAGCACAAGUCUACUGUUGAGACAUAUGUACAGUAACACACUGUAUGGGUACAGUCUGUUCUAAGUCAGUAUACCAGCUUUCUCAAGUCAGUCUCGAAAAUCGUUAGUGCUGUUAGUUAGGCAGUCCCAGUCAGUUAAGCCUGGUUCAUAAGACAAUGAUGUUCAGCAAUGUUAUUGUUGACAUCACCUCUCUUGUCACUCAAUUGUGUUCAGUCAGUCUUAUGAUUUCAAUUGAAUUCCUCAAGAACAGCAGAUCUUAGGUAAUAAUAAAAGAUUGAAACACUUACUUACAUAUACCAGUCCAAGAACCACCCACAGAUUAAAAAAUUGUUUGCAAAUUGCAAGUAACCAUAAACACGAUAUUUAUCAGGAUGAUUUAAAGAGGUUGGUAAUCAUGCCUGAUUAGGCUUUGUGUUUGAAAGCUGCUGGCUUUUCAUGGGACAAAACAAGACUAUAUUUACUUGAUUUAGCUUCGCAAUCCAACUCUUUCCGAAAUCUGGAUGCCAAAAUCCUUCUGUUAUGUUAUAGAAUGUGCAGAGCUGUAGGAAGAAAAAAAAUUGAAAUGUACAUUGUAUCUUUACGUUUUGACUUCAUCCUUUAACAGCCUCGACACUGGAGAGCUUUGUUCAUAGGAAUGGGCCAAGAUUAUGAUCCUUCCUGGGAAUUCACAGUGGCAAACCUUCUUUCUUUCAAUCUUGGCCGCUAUAAAGAUUUAAUAACAACAGUCUGUGCAGGGGCUGCAGCAGAAUAUGCACUAGAACUUCAACUUUAUCACCUGGCUCGUGCCUGGGAGGAGAAAGACUUCAAGCUCGCAAAGCAUAUUCCACUGUUGAGACCACGACUGGGAGGUUGGCAGAAAGGGGGUGCUAAAGGGAAAAGGAAGACUAGGCAAACUGGAGCUGAGGUAAAUGGAGAUGCUUUAUUGACAUUUAUUUUCUAAUGCCUUUUUUUGAGCAUGAUUAAUGAGAAAAUGAUGAGUGGUUAUUCUGUUGUAGUCCUCCUUGAGCCAGCCUUGGCCAGUCAUUUUUUGUUACCACCUUUUAUCCCCUAGAUAAAGUAACUUGCUGGUAAUGAUUAUCCAAUAUUAGAGCAUCUUUUGCAGUGAUUUCUUCUCCAUUUUCAAUAAAAAAACGUGAUAGAUGGUUGAUUAUUUGGAGGUUGAAUUUGAACAUUUAGUAUUUUUCUGUCUUAAGCAGAAGGCAAACGUGAAGGUGAAACCCAAGACACCAGCCUCUGUACCAGAUAUGUAUAUCCUCAUCGGGAUUGGUGAAUUGAAGUGCAUCAUUGAGGUAAAUAGACAUGUUAAAACCUAUUAAGCAUAUUGGAAGUGACUUUGAAAUAAAUGGCAAUGGACUUCCCUAUGGUGCUUCAAUUCUUGUCUACUGUUUCCUGAUCAAAUUGGAAUUUGGUGUGUUGAAUUUUUAGAGGGAAGAAAACUAGAGAGAAAAUCCCUUGGAGGAUGGGGAAGAGUCAAUAGCAGACUCAAGUUGAAGACCCACAUGUGGUGAAAGGUUUUGGAAUAACACCAGGGUCACAGGAGGAGAGCCCUUCUCAAUUACACCAUUCCUUUGUCCCUUUAUGUCAGUUUACCCAUGAUUUAUAUAAGUAUUUCAUAAAAAAUGAAGUUAGCGCAUUGUAGUCAGUUACCAUUGGAUCACUGUGAAAACUUUAUUGUUACUUACAAACUGACAGAAACUGGGAUCUACCUACAACAACUUACAGAAGAUAAUUGUCAGCAUGAUAUGCGACGAAUUAGUUGCCCUGUCAUUGAAUGCUUUAUGCAAACGCUAUCUUGUCUUCAUUUUUUCAUUUUAGGAUAAUCUCGUCACUUUGCACAUCAUGCUGACAUCUCCUCAUGUUGCUGACUUGAAAUCAAUGGUAGAAACAUGGAUCACAAACUUGCAGGAAAUUGAGAGCAUUACAGACAUUUGGGCAGACUGCCAAAAGAAGGUUUGUACAUGUAGUAUCUAAAUUUUAACUCUUGAUGUGGCAUGCAUUCCUAAGGGGAGUCGUCAGUUAACCCGAUGCCUUAAAUUUCAAAUUUGUAAAUUUUACUCUUUUUUUUGGUGUAUCUUUUUGGAGGAGGGGGCAAAAGGGGACUUCCUCACCUUUAUGGAUAGUAUGAUAAUAACGUGAUAAUAUGUGAGGUUAUUGAUCCUGUUUUGGUCUCGUAGCUGGUAUCAAUUUAAUCAUCUGGGUCUAAAAUUAGACACGUGUGGGACCCUCUUUAUAUCCGGGGUCUUGACUUAGUUGUGAUGCAGUUGUUUUUGUUGGAUCUGAAGCUACGUAAUGAAAAUAACUUAAUGUGGUCUGAAAUAGGAUGAGAGUGUUUCAAGAAGCAUAUCACACAGCAUCAGCUAUUCCCAGUGCAUACACAUGCACACACAUAUCAGACUACAGAUGUAGAUGUAACCCUUAUAUGAUGCCUGGUGUCUUACAUUUCAGUGGCUUUACCUCAGCAAUGUUUUUGCGGAGCCAGAAUUAAGAAAGUCUUUGGAGAACAGCAGCCAAAGUUACCUUAAAGUUGAUGAAAAUUACAGAGUAAGUUCAUUCUUAAAACUCUUUGAACCUGGUAUUGAUGAAGUACAUUUGAUUUAGUGUCGUAAAACCAUAACUAAAGUGAUCAAAAUGGCUAAUCAGGUAAAAAAAAAAAGGAAAACAGCAAAGGAAUUCGAUGAGAUUUCUCAGUUAAAAAAAAAAAGCCUCACCCAAAGUGUGAAAACGAGGACCGGUUGAAGUUUUGCAUCAGAUUGGUUGAAAUGAUGGCAGGAGUUUUCUGGCCAGGCAAAUUGAGCAACAAAAGACGAACCGAAGGAAAUUCAGGAUCACUUUUGAUAUUUGAUUUAAAAUAGCUUAGUAUACAACCUUAAUUUCUCUAUUGUAUCUACUACAAACUAUGACACAGUGAUUUUAUUGAUUUUAGAAAUACUUUUAAAACGAUUGGAUUUUUUUACAUGACUCAAUUGCUUGCAGUACUUCAAACGUUUUUGAUCAUUUGUUUGUUUUAAAAUUAUUUUAUGUGGCCUCAAUCUUUUAUCUUUAUCCAAGGAAUUUGUUCAAGUAAUCUUGAGGGAUCCCAAAGUCCUAUCGGUGUUGCCUUUGAAGAAACGAGGGGAGAAGGGCUGGAGAGAUCUGCAGGGGGAUACCCUGAGGGAACAGCUGCUAGAACUGACCAGAAAAGAGGUGAUUUGUGUUCAUUUUUAAUUGCACAAUUUUAUUCAUUAUCUAAUAUCUUCAUCAUCCAACAUCUAUCUUUUCUGUGGAUCGCUGAUGGAUUGUUAGCUGCAGGAUCUGCAGAUCUGGAAGCUUGGCGUCAAGAUUAGAGCUUUUGGAUGUCUCAGGCCCAGUUCAAACGUCGAACUUCACAUGAGACAGACCUGACUGAAAGAAUUAAGUUCUUGUUAAGUUCCACGUUUGAAUCAGACGAGUUUGUCCAACUGAAUUUAGACCGACCUAGACAUUUUGUCCGUGUGAAGGUAGACUAUGGGAAAAAUGGCGAUCUUUUCAUGAAUCGAGCUUGAUGAAUAAGUUACAAAUUGCCUCGGUUGAAGUCCUGCUGAAAGAUAGAUUCGUUUUGCUGCUAUAAAUUUGGUUCGACUAAUAGUGAUCAACUAAUUUUGUUGUGUUAAUUGUGUUCGAAGAAUUGUGUUUGACGAAUUAUGUUCGACGUUUUUCUAGCUGUCUUUAUCAUGCAUUUUCAGACUAUGCUUCGUGUAUACUUAAGUAAUUCCUUUUUCCUUGGUUCUCUUUAGGAGGAAUUGAUAAAAAUGGUGGGUGAAUACAUAGACAAAGCCCGAGUCAUAUUUCCACGGCUCUACUUCCUCAGCGACAACGACCUACUCGGUCUGUUAGCUUGGUCCCGUAAUCCAAAAGACUUGCUACCAUUUGUAAGAAAGUGUUUUCCUGGCAUAAAGAACCUUCAGUUUGCUUUGCCAAGAGAUGGUAAUUUAAGGCUGGCCAGCACUUUGGACACAGCACUGAAUGGUAAUUAUUGAUUUGUGGUCUAAAAAGAAAAUUAAUGAAUCUUAGAAAUAAAUUGCUCUUGGUUCCUUUCCUUAGUUCUUUGGUUGAUCACGCAGGGAAGAAUGAUUCAUAAUGUCGGGCACACUCGGGAUCAUCAAAGUCUUAACAAGGUCUUUCAAUUGUGCUUUCUUUCUUUCAGCCCAUCUUUUGCAAGUCACUGCCAUGGAGGGUGUGUUGGAAGAAGUAGUUCCUCUUCUAUCAGUCAUUCCCGCUUCGCCACGUCCACAAAGUUGGCUCGUCACACUCGAGGAGAAGAUGAGGAACACAUUAGUCAAGAGUCUUGCUGAAUGUGUGGACAGAAGGCUCAGGGGAAGACUGAGUCCCAGCAAACUUUUGGAAUCAAUAACUUCAUUUGGUAAGGCUGUUGUGUUUCAACAAUUCAUUCUAGGGCAAGCUCGGAGCUUUGAAUGCAUGCAGAUGGUUAAAAAUGUCUGAAAUGACGCGUGAAAAGGUAACUUGCAUGAAAAUAGGGGGUUUCACUCUAAAGAAAAAUAUAAUGUCGCGAUGCUCUCGUAAGUAAGACCUCAGCCUUACCAUGGUUAAAUCAUUCAUACCUUUCUUUUCUUAGAAAGAAAGAAAGGAAUUCCAAGUAAGGUUGGAAAGUUUUAACACACGGUAGCUCGAGGUUGAUAAAGGAAUUCUUGGGGAUAAAUUCUUGCUGAGAAAAAAAGAAUAGACUCGUAACUGAACUAUGGAUUAACUUGCGUGCAUCGCUGUGCCUAAGGAGGCGAUAAUUCUAACAUCUGUUCUUCUGUUAUGUAGGGGAAAAAGUUUUUCUUCAAAGUUCUAACACAGCGAGUGAUUCCAAGCAGACUUCGAAAGAAGAGCAGCGUGAUAGCUCACAAGCAGACCACGUUUACUUGAAAUUUCCAAGUCAGUGUGUUGUAACAGCAGAGGCAGUUCUUUGGAACAAGGAAAUGACUGAGGUGUUACAAAAUAAAAGUCUGCGGGGGCUGUCUAACCUCAGGUGUGUUUGUUAUCUUAAAAUGUUUUUUAGAUGACUUAAUGUUAUAGAUUACAUAUCAUGGAUUCUAAGUUAUUAAUUUAAACUUGAAACAGGACACUACAUCAAGGAGAAUUCUACAUGGACGUAUAGCGAACCAUUACAUGUUAGAAUAACUAUACUAGGUUUCUAUCAAAAUGCUGCAAUCUUAUUGGCUACCUUACUCCAUAUUUAUUAAAAGAUAGAGGGUGAGUAAUAGAAGCCUAACACUGUGCGGUUUUAAAUCAAAUGAGUGUCUUACCGUCAAGGUUUGAUCGAUUAGUUCAUGUACAUGUGAACUAAACGAUUAGACUAGUCCAUCUCGAUUUCUAUGCGUGGUAGUUGUUGAGGACUGGAUAUAUCGAGAUCAUUAUCUAAGUGUUAAGUGUUAUGGAACUGACAGUCUACGCUUUGGCUUAAAAUAGUUUCCUUUGUCUUGUUUAGGAAAUCUCUUGUCAGUUAUGUGGAUGAACUGUCACAGACCAUCAGGAAGAACUUGGAGAAUGAAAGCCGCUUCUCAGCUCAUAAUCGUCUUGAGUUGCUUUUAUCUGCUUUAGUCGGCCUGGUGAUAAAUCAGAGAGACAUUGUGACAGGUCAGUACUGUACUCAUGUUGCCUACAUGCAUUUUUCUCAUGUUUCCCUCUAUGUCAACCAAUCCCGCUGCCAAGUUGUUGACGACUUUUAUGGAACGUCUUGCACAAAGCACUCAGCUGGGUUGUUGCUAGACUGACUUAACAUGCAUUAACUUAUCCAAGAGCAAUUUUCCAUGAAUGCCAAAAACGAUCCGUAAUUGCAUUAAUUUUGCACAACUUUCGCUCCACGUCACCUCGACUAAUCAGGUGCAAAACUUGAUCAUUACUUUUCCUUUUCUGCUUGCGUUUUCCAUACGUGAGGCUGGUUUAUCCUAGCGAUGUAACUAUUAAUUACAUGUGGCAGAAUUCGUCAACAAUGGGGUCUUGGAUGUAAACAGCUUUGAAUGGAGUAGCCAGCUUCAACACCAUAUAGAGCUGAACAAGAUAAUUACAUCACGUUACCAAGGAGAAGACAGCGGAGAGAAUCAGAUCUUAGCUGGGUCUUCUACCAUUCCUGUAGAGCAUUUAUAUGAGAUUGGCUUGUGCAGCUUACAUCAGCUUGGCACCAACUUUGCGUAUGGCUAUGAGUACCUUGGGCCCUCGCCGAGGCUCGUAGUCACACCACUGACGCAGAGAUGCUUCCUCACUCUGACCAUGGCUCUACGGUCCCAUCAGUGUGGUGUUCCUGUGGGACCCGAUGGUAUUGGGAAGACUGAGACUAUUAAAGACUUGGCUAAGGUACAGCGUGAUGGAAAUAGAUUUUUGUUCUCUUUCUAGGUCGAAUAUGCUCCGCGAAAGACUUUAAAAGCUUUAGUAUGGCUCUGUGAGGUUUCCAUUAGAGUGUCUUUCACCAGAUUUUGCAUUAGUAGAAGAAAACUUAGUUGCAUCCCACUUUUUAAGUUAUAAUUUCCCUUGUUUAGGUAAUUUUUCGCAGCUCUGAUAUACAGAUGGUAGGUGAGUUUUGCACGGUAAAAAUGAGAAACCCUGAUACAUACUAAUGCAUCUCAUGCGGAGUCAUGGAGGGCCUUAUUCAAUCACUAAGUUCUUAGAAAUGAGGGCGUUGCAUUAUUUUGAAGGAAGACCCCAGGAUCUGUUUCGAAAUUGCAAAGCACAUUAAAUUCUAUAAUGAAGUGGCGUCAAAUAAUUAGCUUGUAAACACUCUUCUCACAUUUGAUUUACGCUUUUAGUUUAUCUUUACGUAACCUUCAUUUUACUUUCAGGCUCUUGGAAGACAUUUGGUCGUGUUUAACUGCUCAGAACAGCCGACUACCUCGAUGUUUGUCCGUUAUUUAUUUGGUAUGAUCCGGUCAGGCAGCUGGGCCUGUUUUGAAAAUGUCGAUUGUGUCGAGCCUGGCAUUUUGUCCUUCCUCGGUGAGCAUCUGGCGAGCAUCAGAACAUCCAUGAAGGCCUUGGAGAGGAUCGUUAUUUCUCAGUACACUGCUAGAGGAAUCUCCAAGACAGACAAUCUAGAGGUAGAUGCUUUUUGUUAUACUUGAUUCUUUGUGUCAUUUCAAAGCCAAGAAACUGUGGCAGAUUGUGGCCUAAAAGCCAAUUUAAACUUCCCCUGUCCCAUCUGUGGACACAAAAAUGAGGCAGUAUUUGUUCACUUCCUUGUGCUAUUGCGGCUGUUCUCGCGUUAAUUCACUGUAGUCAAUUUAUUACAGCGAAUGUGAAUGCGAGUUACCUAUGAUAGAACAACACAUGAACAUAAAGUCAUGAUCAGCCACGGCUUGAACUUUCUUGAGGGGUGAGACUCGAGUUAAAAAAAUAACUAUCACCUCUAGCCAAACGACUCAAUUCAUGGUUGCUUUUGCAAAUUUUGGUCGCUCAUGUUUUGUAUAAGUUAAUAUAGGUCAAGAGGAUUUUACUUUAAAACGUCAACCAUCUAUAAGGUGGGGUGGCCAGAAGGGAUUUAAAGAGCGGGAAAUUUUUCCAACUUCAUACAGAAACUGUAAGAGUAACCUUAAAUAUAAUUUGAACCCAUUACGCUUAUUACGCAUUAUUUUUGCCUUUUUAGAGCCAAACAGUCAAAAGAAGAAACAGUGUUACGACAUUAGGUUCACUCCCACAAGAAGCCUUUUCAUCAUGUUACAGAUCGGAGUCUAAAUCGGUAAGGUUUCCUUUCCUCAUUGUUUGUAAGAGGUUUGAUCUCCUUACGUGGGAUUGGCCAAGAAAAACACAUAGAUCACAAAUGUAAAGAUUGAUUUUUGUCAAAACAUCAAGGUAAUUAUUGUUGUGAGAAUAGUGCAUUACAGGUGACUUAGUUUUUUAUCUUCAAUGAAAUCACUGUAGUCCUGCUAUUGAAGACAUGGGUUGUGGAGCGGUGGUGCUUUUUUGUUGAAUUUCCCAGUUUUUUGUUUUCAGGGAAGCCGCGUCGCGAAACGAAAGAGGCACUUGUCAAUCUCUAAGAUAUGUGAUCUCGAAGAAGGAGAUUACUUUGAGAAUGAAACACCGCAACCAUUAUCCUCGUUAGAGCAACAACCUAGGUUUCCCCCGACGUUCCAUAACAAGGUGGCGAAAGUGUACAAGAAACAAACCAGCCUCAGAGAGUUUGAAAUGCCUCUACUGGGAAACAUCGUGUUCGAAGGGCAGCUCAUGGCAGCCAGUGCAAUGUAUGGUUGUUUCAUGACCAUGUCUGGUAAAAACUGUUUCAACGCUGAUCUUCCAGAAAACUUCAGGGUGAGUUUUUAUCAUCUUUCAUUGUGAUAUAAAGUUGAUUUUUUUAAAAAAAAAGGAUUAAAUAUCGGGUUUGGUUGUUUUUGGGUCAGAAAUGGGAUAUUUAUUUUGUUGCUGGAAAAUAUGUUAUUUUUUGUUGCUACCGUUAACAGGCUCAACUCAGGCCCAUAUCGAUGGUCUUUCCGGACUACCUUCCUGUGGUGGAAGUAUGGUUGGUGUGCUGUGGUUUUACUGAAGCCAAGUCUCUUGCUAUGAAGAUCAACACAUUCUUUAAAUUAAUCAAUGAACAGGUAACUGCAUUCUUUUUCGUUUGAGAUUCUUCAGUUUAUGUUUAUUUUGAGGAUUAUAUUAUAACGGAUCUCCUGUGCAAUGUAGUUGGUUAGACUGUGAUCUUUAUUUACCUAUGAAACUUGGUAAAAAUUAUGGCUCAACUAUGUUGUAGAAAUCCAUUUUUUAAAACCACGAUAAACAAGCACAGGAGAAUUUUGGUGAGAAAUGUUUCCUUUACUGCACUGUGGGCUGAGAUUAAUCCGCACUUUAAAGGAAUUUUAGAGAAAUUUUGCAGUAAAACCGACUUAAUUUUUGUUUGCACCCGAGUAAAAAACCGUUGACAGCUCGAAAGGGAUAAUCAGAAACGAUGUGACCCAACGGCUUAUCGGGCAGUGUUAUUAACUUUGCACACAUCGAUUUACUCCCAAUUUACUAACUGCUCUUAGCAGAUCUUUUUCUUUGUGAUAAUUCUCUUCUAUUUGUUAAGUUUGAACAGCUUCCUUAAUUCACCACUUGCAAUAAAUCGUGUGUAUCAUGGACUUGUUAAAUCAUAGAGCCGUUGGUUGGCAUCUUUGGUAGUUGAUGCUUUGUAAUCUGUAAUGUUUUUGGAAUUGAUGGUAUUCGGAUGUAUUGACUCUGGUCAAUUUUUGUACAAAGGUGUCUUCCCAACCUCAGUACUCAUUUGGAUUGCGCAGCAUGAAAAUGGUGACUACCUUAGCUGCAACAGAGCUUCAGAAAGAAAUGACCAGAAAGAGGCGACCUACAAUAAGUUCUAUUACUGAGGAAUCGCCGAGUGAAAAUGGUUAGAUCGGUUUUCUUGUCCGAUUUCACGAUAUUCAUAGUAAUUGCGGUUUUAGUGUGAGGUAGAUAAUGCAAAAAUCUUAGUUUGACAGAUAGACGGGUACAACUGCAGCUCUGUAGACAAACAAACAGGACGACAAGCAAACCGCACUAACAUAUACGUGGUAACAAACAGAACAAAGCAAACAGCUGUUAAAGAAAGUUUGGUCCUUGGCCUUUUCAAUCCUCUAAGAAGAGCUUGUAUAAUUUGUCGAGGAAAGACUGACGCUCUGGUUGUGGAAUUAUGUAAUCCAUGAUCACGAUCUUGCCUGAUGGCAGUAAUAGUAUUGAUAUACAAGUCCUGUGACUGUAUUGGUAGCUGUUGUUGACAGGCACAAAUUGAAAUUGGUUUCGUGUGUGACUUUUGCAGCAGAGAGGAAGACGAGAAGUCCUUUUCUUGAGACCUUGGAAAGACGUCAAGCUGAGGAGAAUGCUAUAGUACAUGCUUUGUUUUCGUACUUUGGAAAGAAGCUGUUGGGGAAGGACAAAGAUCUGUUUUCGCGUGGAGUUGACGAAGUCUUCGCACACAGUGUCUUGAUGUCGGUAUCUACUGAAGGUGAUUCAAAGCUAAUUGAAGAAGUAAAAGACCAUCUUCAAACAAACGGACUGCAAGUCAAACAGGAAUUGGUAUCAAAGGUAAUUAUUAGUAUCGUCUUUUUUUUUUUUUAAUAUUUGAAGAUGGAGUUGAGGGUCGAAGUCGUUAAUUUCUCAAUUUUAUCACCAAAUGUUUUCUCAUGGGAAAGAUGGAAGCGUAAAAAUCAUCUUAUGGCCCGAAUGGCCCUCCGCGUGCUUUCAGUGCAAAACAGUUAACAAAAUCCCAGUAUGCGAGGGCACUAGGCGAAAGCGUAACCAGCAGGGCCGAAAAAAGCCGUACGGCUCCUCGAGAUGCGAACUCUAAGAGGAAGGGAAGAAAGAGAAAGAAAAAAAGUAUUUGGUUUUUGGUCCGUACUUUUUGAACGCUGGCCAAAUAAAUUCUGGUUUGGCCCUCCCACUAAAUCAAUGUGAUUUUUAUCUCAACAGAUUAUUCAGCUUCAUACAACCCUUCAAACAAGCCGUAAUGUGAUCCUUUUGGGGUGCCCAGGUUCCGGUAAAUCAACGAUAUAUACCACCUUGGCAAGUGCUCUUAACAGCAUGAACGGUCAAACAACUCAGCCUGUUGUGAAGCACCGCAGACAAGCAGGCUCAGAGAGAAGGGUGAGCACUUCCUUCAGACCCGCGGCAAAGGUCCCAGUUGAGGAAAUCAAAGAUGUCCAGUGGCCAAGGGUUGAUCUCUCCAUCGUUUUCCCAAAAUCACUGACCUGCGAAGAGGCAAGUGUUCCUGUCUGUCUAACUAAGAAAUUAUGUCUUACAUUUAUUUGAAGAAAUCCGACCUCUAGUGAGAACUUCAGCAUUCAUCCCAUUCAACGUCUAUUUCUUCGAUACUCGUACCCCUAUGUGUUACUUAAGCAAUAAAACACACUUUCUGUCGGUUUACCGGCGAAUAAACCACGCAGUAUGUUGAGAAAACACGAAAAACGUUUGUUAACUACCAGGCGUAGCCGAGUGGUUUCCAGUCUUUUUCAAACUUUAACAGCGCAGCGGAAAAUAAAGGCUUAAAACGGAGCAACCAGUUAGUAAAACUGCAUUUAAAAUAAAGGAGUUGGUCAGGUAAGAAAAAUAAAAUUUUUGUCGUUUUUUGUGGUUUUCAAAGUGUCCUCUUCGUUUCCUCAAACUAAAGGCCUUUAAAAAAAUUUCAAUCUGGAAAUUCGCACCGUGUGGCCCCUUUUCCGGGGACGGGAAGAUGUUUCAGUUUUCUAUGGGUAUUUAUAAUAAAGUUCGGAUAUAACGCGCGCUGUCAUUGACUGAAAGAGCGUGCUCUAUGAGAGUAUAGAACAUAGAGCUGAGCUAAAGCUGUCACGCUAUCUGCCAAAUUGUACUAUGUUCGACCUUUUCCAGGACUUCUUUUUAGCUUUUUUCUGAUAAUGGAAAGUGAAAUUUCGGACUUCUUUUUAGCUUUUUUCUGAUAAUGGAAAGUGAAAUUUCGGAACAAGCGAGCCGGCAAAUAGCAACAGAAGAACCAAACAAACGUUUGUAAACAUACCAGGCGCCGUGAUUUACGUUAUUAAAACGUGAGCAGAUACGAAAAUCCUUUAAGGAAAAACAAAAUAGACAUUCCGAGUUUUAAAGAUUUUCACGCUCAGUUAGAUUGCAAGCUUACGUACAGUAAUAAAAAUCAAACACAGCUAACACUCGUAUAGUAUAUUAAGUUCAGUGUUCAAAAACAAAACAGAACAAAACAGAAAUGAUGAAAAAUAUAACAAAUCUGGCAUAACUGUUAAAAUUCAUACUAAUCAUGACGGUGUCUGAGCGAAUAUGAUCAUGCUGAAGUCCAUCGCGGCUCGCUCAUCAUGGCGAUCUCCGGUCAUCACAGUAAAGCAAGCCUCAGAAACUACAUCGGCCGCCCUUCGAGUGAAAAAAUAAGAGCUUGCUCUGAUAUCCUUUCCGAUGCAUUGAGUGGAAAGUCACAUCAGUCACUGCAGCCGAGUUUUGCGGCGCUGCCAUCCCGAGCGAUCUUCAUGUUCCGGUGAAUUCGGCUGUCGUUCAUUCAAAAACACUCGCCUUGAACAGUUUGUUUUCUACCUUGUCAUGUGAAAAAACUCGCGUGUUUUUAUGAGCCAUAAUUCGGCUGAUUUUCACUGCACAUUUCACUUCAAGAUUCUGUAUUAGAGACUGAAAAACUUCAGGCAAAAGUGUUAAAUUCACCUGCCGAACUAUUUCAGUUUGUAAACUAUCGCAGAAUGUGAAAUUUGAUGGUUUUUUAACUUUGAUCGUUUGACACUUUUGACAGCUUUAGUCUUGUACAGCCAAUCAGAUUAUUUGAACCAUUCUAACAGGGAUUCUGAUUGGCUUAUUGUAGCGUGCUUUAUGAGAGUAUAGAGCAUGCUGAUGACACUGUUGUUCGCUUUGGAAAUUAAGUUUGUUUUAAAAAUUGAAAGUAAUGCUUGGCUCGACUACGUCUCGUGUUUCUCCCUACACUUCUUGAGUGCUCUAGCCGCUUCCUGCGUGCUUUAUAAUAGAACAGAGCACAGUCAAGGGUUUUCUAUUUGUUAAACAGGCAAAUAAACAAUAGAUUUUUGACCAAUCAGAGAGCGUUGUGUCUAAGUUAUUUUAUAAUAUCAUGUUAUUUUCCCUCAUAGUGUCAGCCCUGUAUCAAACAUUAAGGUUAUGACAGUGGAAGAAGUCUACCAUAAUUAUAGAAGCACUUGAUUUUUUAGCAAAUUCUCCUCGUCAUUGUUAUUGGAAAUUUGUGGAAAACAGUAUGGAGAAUAUGCAUAUUGAAUCUGAGGUGUAAAGGGUUAAGGAGGGGCAGGUCUAACGAGCUCAUAGGGAAGAAGUGACCGGGAGUAUCGCUUAUUGUCUUGAACUAGUUGCCACUGUAUAAUGGAAUAACCCCCACCUCUUAAAGCAAUUCUUCAGCCUUGGCAGACCGUUUACUGGUAUCAAUUUCUACGUCUGGAUGGAGGGAAGCGCUGUUAGAGCAUUUUCCUCUCGCCAAAACACACGAGAUGGUCUGACAGGGGUCGAAGGGGGCUUAGGGCUCAAGUAUAUCCGUUAAUAUGCUCUCUUAAGAGAUUUGUAUGACCAGCUUGUCUACAUUGCCGGAUUCUGCGCGACCUAGCUCCCUUUCUAAUUAUAAAAUUUCAUUGUUUUGAGCAGUUGUUUGGAAGACAACACCCGGAGACUGACCUAUGGAUGGACGGUCUGGUGUCUAAGUGGCUUAGAGACACAACUCUUACGUGUGAUACCAUGACCAAGCUUCUUUCGAGCCAUUCAUCUGAAAAACAACCCAUUGCUCGUAUGAUGGGUUCCCUGUCUCACGUAAAGAAAUGGCUAGUGCUUGACGGACCAAUGGAUGACACUUGGCUGGAGAGUAUGGGGACCCUGUUGGAUUCCACUAGAGCUCUCAGUUUGCCCAACGGAGAAUCCAUUGCUCAGCCAGGUGAAUUUUAAGGCUUUUGUGAACUUGAGGAGGCAAAAGUUGUUAUUUUUAAUGUUUAAAUGUGAUAAUAAUUUGUUUUUGCCCUUACAAACAAACAUAGAUAAACAGAAAAAACAAACAAGCAAACAAACAAACAAACAAACAAGCAAACUAAAAAAAAAAAGAAGUAAAUUGUGGCAGUGUUUCUGAUAACAGGUAUCACUCUUUAGAGUGCCUCAGUGUAAGGCCAUGGGAAACGAAAAGGGACCAUUGGGUGUUUUCUUAAAGACAAAGCUACCGUCGAACCAGCAUUAAGCAGUCGGUUGUCAAAAUCCCGAAAUUCCAUCUCCGCAUUGUAAUUUUCACCUCUGUUAAGCGGUCUUGGCCACCUUCUACUGAGUCCCAACAGCCUCAUUCCAUUGUCUUCAACCUAUAAUGAACGGUCGCUUAAAGCGGACUAUCGUUGUGCUCCCUCCCUAACCACAUCAGACGAAGAAAUAAAGGAACGUAUCCUAACGCCAUGCUUUAAUUACUUUAAUUUACUUUCGCUUCUUUCAGAAACUGUGACACUUCUUUUCGAGGUGACAGAAAUAAUUCACGUAUCUCCAGCAUUAGUAACACGCUGUGGUCUGCUCUACUGUCCUCAAUCACUAGUGGGAUGGAAACCAAUUUUUAGGUCCUGGCUGAAGGGGGCGCACGCGCGCUGGGAGAUCACAAAUAGAGGGUAAGUGGACUUCUUUAGUUGUGUUGGAAUUUAUUUUAAUUGCCUUUUGCGUAAGGAGGGAAACCGAAAAACUCCUAGAAGAUCCUUGCUGCAAGAAUGGAAACUGCAUAUAGCACGCCCCAUGAAUGAUACUGGGACCAGAAUUUUAUUCCAAUGAGGGCCAUUUGCUCUUGCAAUCGAAACGUUAUUGUUUAUUUUAAUGGCUUCCUUUCAAUUUCAGUUUGGGAAUCAUCUCGUGUUUGAUGGAUCACGUGGUGGAUUCUACACUGUACUUCCUUAGUCAUCACUGUGAAUCCAUACUGACCUCUGGGUACAGCUCCAUAAACAAGCCCUCCAAAACAGCCACAGGAGUGCAUGAAGUACAGUCACUGUUACGCUACCUCUCCGCCAUCUACGAUAGGCACAUCCUACGAGAGGAUGAAGAUAGUCAGAUCCAGAUGAUAAACCAGAGGAACCGACAGACUUCCGUGAGUUCUGGUAGCAGCAGGCACAGCUCAGGAAUUUCCGCCAGUGACACAGGAAGGGUCAUUAGUUCCUUUGCUUUCGCCUUCAUUUGGGCUUUUGGCGGUCAUUUGCACGAAAGGUAUUUCUUAACCACAAGCAAUGUUUUCUCCUUUGGACACUCAUCGUCCUUUUUGGGAAUUUCCCAUCUGGUAUCGUCAUGGGAUUAGCAAACAUAUCUGCGACUCUGCAUCUCGUCUUUUUUUCAUGGAAAAACAGAAGCAUAUCGUUUGUUGUUGCACUCGCUUCCUCGAACUGAGCACUCGCCGUGCAAGUUACGAAAUCGUUUUUAGUGUCAGUUUUACCCAAGUGUUGAGGCCAGUAAUCAAAUCUCUUUAUGCCAGACUACGCACAACUCCAAUGCAAACAGCUAAAGCAUCUUUUGAGUGAACCCUAACCUUUUCACCAGAAAUGGCUUUUCAAUUGUCUUUAUUUUUACCCAAAUAUCUACUUAUAUACUAUUGAAUAUUGUAUAAAUCGACUUGUUGUCAUUUGCUUGUGUUUUAAAGAUGCGCUGAUAAGUUUGAUGAGCAUACUCGGCAGCUGUUGUCUGCUGGCCCGUAUCCAGUCCUUAUACCUCCUGAUGGAUCAGUAUACGACUACUGCCUAGAUUUCAGUAAAGGUGGCUUGGUAAAGUGGGAGGGAAGACCUGGAUCACAACUGAAGACACUACCCUCAUCUUACACCGUCGUUACCGAGGUAACUAUAAUGAGACUUUUCAUACUGUAGUUUUUAUUAACUCAAAUAAGUAUACAUCGCCACACUACGCAGCUCAUUCUUAAGAAAUAAUCGAUACAGAAUGUGAUUGAGCAAUCUGUUCACAAACGCACCACACACUCAGCUGUUAUCUUGAAAAGUCCUCUGUCUGAAUGGUGGCUGAAGUUUAAAUGCUCGUGGUUUAGAAGCUUCAUUACCUAAGAAGAUUCAUUUUGUAUCAUUUGGAUCAUAACUUCAUGACCUUUAUUAUCCGUAUGGUAAAUUCGGUUGCCUUCGGUCCAGGAAGCGUUAGCUGUCUUUUUUUUUUGUUUAUGAAUGUUUAUGUACGUUUUUCUAAGUUUAUUUUCUCUUUUACUUUUCAGUUGGAUCGCUACUUUUACCUAAUAGACCUUAUGUUAUCUGCACAUCAGCCAUUGCUGCUGGUUGGUCCAUCAGGAAUUGGAAAGUCGUCCCUAGUGCAGGUUUGUUAUGUUUCCAGUUGUGUGGUCUUUAAAAUAACUCACUCUAUGGUAUUCGCACAGUGAACCAUUACAUUUUUUCCAGAACUUGAUCAACCCACGCUAUAACUCGACACGAAUCUGUCUAUCCGCUGGCCUGACCUCGAAACUGCUCCAAGAGGCGAUCGAACAUAAGCUUCAGCAAAUUCAACGGAAGGAGAUGACCCAGUUAGCUUUUACAAAGGCGAUACCAGGAGCUGCUGCUCCUAAGAAUCUACCCGUUGCAAAGUCUCGCGCUCAUCUUAUGUUUCUUGAUGAUCUCAACUACGCCGCCUCAGAUGAUUUUGGAAUUCAGCCUCCACUUGAACUUCUCCGACAAAUCCUCUCACAAGGUAAUUAUUUGGUAUGUUUGGGCAUGAGUAACGUAUAUUUGCGUUAUUGAAUGGAUAAGGGGUUGGCUGAAGAUGGGUCAAAGUUUUCCCGAGGCUUUAAAUUAUGUCGCUUUCUUCCCUUCCCCCUUGGUAGGAUUUUUUUCAAGCGCGACACAUUUUCCAGACAUCCGUUUUCCGUAAUAAACAAGGCUAUUAUCCAGCUAUUACGAAGGAACAGCAUUUCGUUACUUAAUUAUUAUUUUAUCAGUAAUUCAAAGUUAACUUAUCUUAGCCGCCUGUCAGAAGAAUUCCGCCCACGUUUGUAACAAUGCGCCCAACACUACUUUUCAGCUGUGCAGACCAUAGCUUCCUGUUGAGAUAUUUGAGUAUUUGUCUUCUUCGUUUAGGAACAUUGUACAACAAACAGAGACAUCACCUGUAUAGGGUGCAACACCUCCAGUUCAUGGCCGCUUGUGUUCCUCCCGGUGCGGCUUCGUCUUGUGGAGGGGUAGCAUCAUAUGCCAUCAGCCAUCGCUUGUCUAGGCUGAUGACGGUCUUGUCAUUCUUUCCCUUGUCUUCUGAGUCACUGGAGAAUAUUUACUCGUCAGUAUUUCAGACCUGGUUGGAAGAGUUUCCAGCGUAUUCGAUAAGCCACCAUGAGCAUUUGGCCAAGGUAAGAGAGAGGGAGAACCGAAUACUGCUUCUUGGAGGCGGCAGUGUUUAUCUCUGUGUCUGUCUGUAUGUAUGUCUGUCUGUGCUGGUGUCUGUGUCAAUAUUUGAGUCAGUGACAUUAUCAGAAUCAGUGUCAGUGUCAUUUCAGUCUCAGUGGAACUGAAUAUAUCAGAAUCAGUGUCAGUUCAGUCUCAGUGGAAAUGCAAACAUCAGAAUUAUUGUGUUAGUGACAACGAAAGUGUCGACGUAACCGUCAGCAUCAGCCUCAUUUAAUGUAAUUGUCAUUUUAAGUAUUAGUGUCAACUUUCGGUGUCAGUCAGUGUCAUUAAUAACGUCAUUCGUUUUUCCACGCGAUGAGAGUAAUUUUGUGGUGGCUACCUUCCAGUUUGCGCCUACUUACCUUUCGAAUAUAAAGCGAUAUCUAUAUAUCCUCAUCUGCUUCCCUGACAGGCGCUGUCGUCGGCGUCCAUUAAGAUGUACAACACCAUUCAAAGGGAACUUCGCCCUACCCCGCUUCAUCCUCAUUUCCUGUUUACCCAGCACGAGCUGUCUAGGGUGGCGCAGGGUAUGUCCCUCCUCUCGUCCAAGAGCCGUGGACGUCCAAGACCUCGUGCGAGGAGGCGAGCUGGCACAGGAAACGACUUGGAGGGGGAAGCGAAGGCUGAAGCCAUUGGCGAUGUGAAGAGUGAGUCCAGUAUUCAUAGAAAGGAGAGGUCACAGCGUAGAGGGAAUGUUGGUAGAGGACGAAGGUGCAUAAGAUUGUAGACUUCUUAUUGUCGUGUUGUACAAUAUCCAAAGCUAAUAGGGACCUAUCACUUUGAAAUCGUCAGAGAAGGACCAUGAAAAUCACGAGCCUUCAUUAUUUGUGACUGGCGAGGCGAAGGAAAUUUCAUAUUCACAAUUCUAUGCGCUAAUUACAUCACUAUCCAUCCUCAGGGGGAAUAUAGUAUAAUCUUACCUAGCAUUUGAGUCAAUCCUGUUUAUCAAAAUAAUAUCGCCUUCUAUCUUGGAUCAGUUUAAAUCGGCUUCCAUUUGUACAAAUCAUUAAAACUAACAUGGAUCAUGGAGACGGAGUAGUCGUUUCAAAUUCGCUUAUUCUAUCUCGAGAUCGGCGAAUCUUACUUGAGACAUCCUCGUGGUCCUACAUUCUCUUAUGAGUUCUCUUCUUUUUACUCUAGUUGGCCUUCUCUCACAAACGGCCCGGUAGAGUCCGGAAUGUCCGCGAAGACGCCCGCUGCUUUGUCACCAAUGAUUCGUUCUCUCCUUCGCUUGUGGUGCCACGAAAGUACUCGAACCUAUAGUGAUCGCCUUCUAACCGAGGAACAGCGCUACUGGUUCUCGUCUUUGUUGCACGAGACCGUUGAGGAGUUUUUCUGUAAGACUGCCUCGGACCUGGGCUCCGAGGUGUUCUCUGUUGAGCGAUCCGUGAUGCAGAACUCUCAAGGUACAUAAUGUAAUAUGGUGCUUGUUGAUGCCGUGUCGUUGUUCUAGUACUUAACGCCUCACACAUGACGCUUUCGACUUAAAAAAUCUCACCAUUAUGCGGUACCCAUGUCACAUAUGAACUCAGUUGAUGGCCACAUUCGCUGGUGGAUUCUCUAUGGCGAUCGAAUGGUCAUAAAUGGCUUAGGGGUCUAUUAUGCCAUAGACUUUUUUCAGGAUGCAUAAUUCCUUUGUUUAAAGGCGGGAGUAGGUACAAGACUAUUGGCGUGAAAAAUGGGAGUAAAUUGUAUGCAAGUCAAACUCAUUUUCGCAAGAAAGGUUUUUCACUUGGCUUCAUUUCUAAAUUGAGGGUUUUUAGAACAACGCUAUCUUGUUUAUUUCAGAGGCUUUGCCCGGUAGAAAUGCUCCCCCACCUACGACUAGUGACGAACAGAUCCAAACCACAGGAGAGUAUGAGGCACUAUUACAAUCGGACGACUCCUUAGCUGUACCAGGUCGUGAACCGCAAGACUUGAGCGAUGAAGACGCUGGAGAGGAAGGAGAUAUUGAUGCUAUUCCCACUCAAGAAACUCCUGAACCAGGGGAGGAUUUCGAUGAAGUUGUUGCAGAUACCACAGAAAAGGAUGUCACGAACAGGGAAAUUCUUCCUGAGAAACAAAAUGGAAAUGAUGAAAAUUUAGGUGAAGGAGAAGUUCCCGAAGACGAAACGCUAAGUCGAGAGCAGAGUUUGAUAGCAAACACUGUGGUCCAUCAGCCUGCAAGAGUAAAGGUCACGUUUGACGACACCAGUGGUACGAGCUACGACAAGAACUACAAUGGUCCUUUGAUUUCAUCAGAGCAGCUGGCUUUCUCUGGAGAGGAUCUCACAGAUAUUGUGUUCUGUAAGCAUUUCAAUGUGUCUGUGACCGGACGAGAAAGUAGCGCCAGCGAAGUUGCAAGCAAGAACUACUUGGAGUGUGCUGAGAGCAUCUUGGAACAAGGGAUAAAGAGAUGUUUAGUGUCAUAUAAUGAAAAGGUGGCUGAAUCAUCCAGUGCCAAAAUCAUGAACUUGGUGACAUUUCGUGAGGCACUUCAUCAUGCCGCACGUUUGAGUCGAGCAUUGGUGAGUUCCCCGCCCUCCCCCAGCUCUCCUAUUCUUUCUCUGCGUUCAUUUUGUAAACUGUCCAGUAGCGUGUGAUUAGUCAAUUUGCAAUAAUGACAAUCAAUGUUUUCUCUUCCCAGGCCACACCAGGAGGUCAUUCUCUGUUGCUAUCGGAUCUUGGUUACGGACGAAGGACCCUAACAAGGCUCACUGCACACGCAGCUUGCUGCAAGGUUUGUGCAAAGACUUUCCUCUGUCAGGGAUGUCACUUUGUCGUAACAAAAAAGUGCAUAUUACUUAGAAAGUGUUCCAGCUCUAAUUAAUCGGCCUGACGGUCGUUGGCUGCUUUGAUCCCUUAUUCGUUUACUUAUUCAUGUUUCUCUGCGUCUAUUUGCUCCCUGACUUGUUUCGUUCUCCCACUGUACUCUCCCUGCUUUUUUUUUCUCACGUAGUAGUAGUGCCUUGCCUUCAAAAUCAUGAAUUUUCACCAUUCCUUCCUGAAUUGCCCUCACUUGUUUCUGCGUCUCUCAUUUCAGUUGAUAGAGCUACAGCGCAGCCAGUUUCAGAACCAGGAGGACUUCAGACAACAGAUCAAAGUGGCAUCAUUUAUUGCCGGGCUUCAAGGGAAACCCGUAGUGUUGUUUGUACCAGAAGGUGUUGACGAUGAAGCCAUGCAGGACAUUUGCUCACUAAUGGCAGAAGGUAAAGAAUUGUGACUCACUGCUGGAAAACAAAAUAGCUUUUAAUUAACUAAUUAUUAGAGAAAAAUUAUUCAAAUCCCAAGUUUUGGAAUUCUGUUGGUUUAUGCUAUGCUUUUGUGCUGCUGCAGGUUAACUCUUGCCUUACGAUUGACAGUAAUCAUAGUAGCCCCAUAUCGUCCAUACUCAUACUUCUUUCUGUUGUUUUAUUUUAGGGACAUGUCCAGGUCUCUAUACACAUAAUGAGCUGUUCAUGAUCUCCAACCAGCUUCUUCCUGGGGGAAAAAGAGGUCCACGCAGAGUAGAAAACCAAGAUAUUGCUCAAGAACGAUACUUCCGCCGCGUCAAAUCACACAUCCACGUUGUCGUCUGUUUGAAAUACAAAAAGCUCGACUUUUCCAAUUCCUUAGAGAGGAAUCAAUUAUACAAGUUUCCAUCCUUGGUAAAAAGAAGCUGCUGUGUUGAUGUCUAUAAGGCUUGGCCGCACGAGGCGCUUGUUAGUGUGGCAGAGAAGUUGCUCGAUGAGGAAGAAAGUGUGCUUAGUCUUGUACCAUUAAAAAGACGCGAGCGAGACUUACAAUCCGUGGCCAUAUGUUCAAUAAUGGCUCACGUUCAUCUGUCUUCUAGAAGCAUGGCGGAAAGGAUCUACGGGGUCAAGGCGUUAAAAUUUUACUCGCCUGAUACGUAUUUGGAUUUUGUAGACUUAUUUCGGAAGAUCUGCAGAAGGUUAUGUGCGAAAGAAAAGGUAAGAGUGGGAGUAACAGUGCUCAGAUCUGUAGCUUUUAUGAGCAGGAACCUUUGCACUGAGCUUUGGCGACAGAGAAUCAAGCUACUCCUGUAGGAGAAUCUAUCACUCUAAAUGUUUUUUACAAGCUUGGAUAAUCUCCGUCAUGCUAAUUUGUGAAGUACCACUUUUCUCGGAAAUCCGGGUGGGACACAGAAAAUACCAAUCCAUUUGCUGAGUUUAGUUUUUUCGGGUAUCCUCGCUCUUUAGCACGCUCCAGAAAGCCGUCAUCCAAACUAACAUAUCAUUUCUUUCGUAUCAUUUCAUUGUAGGAAGUGGUGGCUCAUCUUGACAAGGCGAUUAAGAGGGUUGAGGAAGCUACUCACAGCUUAAGCAAGAUGCAGAAAGAAUUGAAUAGCCUUGCUCCAGUGUUCGAAGCGUCCAAAACGGACGUGCAGUUGAGGCAGGAGACUGUGGAAGCGUGCCAGAAGGAGUACACUGCUGCAAUGGAGAGGUGUAAGAAGCAAGAAAAGGACAUCGAGAACAUGCAGAUACCUAUUGAACUCCUCAGGAAGGAGGCUCAAGCAGAAUUUGAAAAGGUGUGGUUCAAAUUGGGUUGUGUACGUCGUAAAAGCCUCAUUGACCUUGCCACUGGAGUUUAUCCCGUUGUACACAUUAUGAAGCGACUUCCAGAAUUUCACUUCCCCUGCACAUGCCAAUCUGUUUCUCUGAAGAAGAAUUUUGGCUCUCAAAACUUUAAGUUAAUUGGUUUGCUUGUUUGAGAGCCAGUCAGUCCUUCUGUGAAAUUCGCGGUUUGGUUUUAUGUAAAAUGAUACGAUAGCUUUUGUCAGACCUAAGCAAGUCCUGCUUUUUAUUUUCAAGGUCAACCCGUUAUUUGAUGCGGCAUGGAAGGCUAUCGACUCAUUAAAUAUUCACGACUUGGAGGAAAUCAGAAGUUACCGAACUCCACCUGCGCUGGUUACCCUUGUUGUGAAUGCAAUUUGCCUCAUGUUUGAAAAGGAACAGACGUAAGUUGGAAAACCUUCGCCAACCUGUUCAUCAUUUCAUCUUCCGUAGCUUUUGUUGAAUUUUGGGCUUUCUACGUAAAAUGCCAGAUCUAUAGUUUGGUGUAACUUUCGAGGAAUAAGUACUCAGGCAGUUGUAUGCCUUCACGCAGGUCUCCAAAAUCUUUCAGCUCAGGGUCUUCUCCCCGAAUGUCAGGCCAUAGUUUUCCUUAACCUGAUUCAAAUAAAAAAUGACUGUCUCGUCAGACAAGCAUGGUGCCCUUCUUACAAAAUUUUUUAUUUUAUUCUCCACCAUCUUUUUGAGAAUUCCCUUUCCAAUGCAUGCAUUUGAUAGAAUAUAGAUCAACAAGGGGUGAUGUGUUCUUGUUUGUUUAUUUUCCGGUAUAAUUUGUUAGAUCGUUUGCAAUUUUUAUUUUUUGUUUGUUUGUUUUUGAUGAUGUUUUUGUUGAUGUUUUUGGUUUCCUUUAUUAUUGUUGUCUGCUUAUUGUUAUUUCAGUUAUUUGUCAGAAUAGUUUGCACAGUAAUUUUUUUUUUGACUGAAAGUCCUCUCAGUUCAAUGUUGGUUUGGAAAUAACUUUGUAUUGAUUGUGUACUGCAUGCCUAGCUCUCAGUUAAGAAUAUCAGUCUUCUUCCAUUUUAAUCAGUCUAUUGACCGACAUUAUUUCUUUAUUUUGGUUUCAGAUGGGAAGAAGGAAAGCUUCUACUCAACCGAAACAACUUCUUUAAAGACUUAGAAUUUUACAACAUGGCCGAAAUGCGGGAUUCUAUUUUUGAAGGACUCAAAACGUUCUACUAUAACCCGUUAUUCCAAGCAGAUGUUGUCCAAGAUGGAAGUAUGGCCGCCAGGUCUUUGUGUUUGUGGGUGCGAGCUGUUUAUGAUUUCUGUUUAGUGAACAGAUCUCUAAAACCCAAACGGCAGCAGUUGGAGAAAGCAGAGGAGGAACUUGAAAAGGUAUUGAAAAUCGGGAAAAGCGGUUAAUUUUUUAGAACUUUUGGUUGUGUUGUUAACAAGUAAAGUGAAUAGAUCAGUUUAACUUGCUCCAAUAAACUUUGUGGUCGUGGCUUUGUCGUAAGCAAAGCCACUUUACCUUUCCUCCUUCAAACUAAAAUUGAAAGUAAAAAGCAGCGAUCUGUUCCUUGCGAAGUGAUUUAUUCUCCUUCACAUUCUCAAAACAGGUGGUACCAAGUUAAAAACUGUCAAAGAGCAUGGUGAAUUCAUUGAAUUGUAGACAGUGCAUUAAGAGUUACGUCUGAUGCAUGCUAAAAUACGCACAUUUUGAAAGGUGACGUCAUCGCAUUUGAGGAACACUAAGAUCGAGUAUUUUGAACCUGCUUGCAAUACCACAUCAGGGUAACAGUCCGAGAAAUAUCACGCCCUGUUAUUUCUGUUCUUCAGCAAUGUUUGUAUUCUUCUUGAUAUGAAAUUGUUCGUUAAAAUAUGGUCUCCAUUGGACGAAUUAACUCUUUCCAUAUUACCAAGGAUGUGGCUUCGCUGGUGAGCGAGAUCUGUGAAGUCUCUUGGGAACAGGAUACUACCUUUGAUCCACGCUUGUGAUAAAGUUUUCACUUCUUUCUUUAAUUCGUUGUUUGUUCUCGACUUUGAAGGCAAAGUCCAUUCUGGGAGAGAUGAGAGUGAGAUGCAACGCCAUCAAACAAGAGCUUGAGUCGAACAUCCAGCGGUACAAAGAGAGUGUGAAGCAUUCAAGGACAGUUGAAAAACAGAUUCAAGUAGGUUAUCUAAAUUCAUCCCGAUUUUAGAGCAGUUGCACUGUAGUUUUGUUCGUAAUGUUCGCGUUGAUUUUCCUAGUGACUCUUUUUUUUCGGUUUUACCCACUAUUUGCAAUUUAUAGUGAUUUUCGACAAAUGCCAGCAUUACUUGUCGUUGAUGAAAAUCAUAAUUAGGAUUAAUCCUAUCACUCUGUUAUCAGGUAAGUAAGUGUCAACAACUGAGUUGAAAACGUAAAUUGACCACUGUAAACCUCCAUCGCUCUGACGAAGGGCUAACGCUCGAAACGUCAGCUUUUAAACUCUUUACGGUGGUCAAUUUACGUUUUUAACUCAGUUGUUAACAUUAAAUUACCUGUUAUACUCUCCCACCGACGCAGCACCACAGUUUCUUCAGAAACUUACCCCCUUUAUUAACUCUGUUGUCAAACUCAAACCAUGGCGAUCAACCAGAGGUCAGCCAUUAUGUUCGGUGAACCUUUUCUCUAAGGUCCCUUAGUUAACUUGUUUUUGUUUGGUUUAAUUUGCAAGGCAAGAGUUUUACGAGAUAAAAAGUAAAAUUAGUAAAAUUUCUCCACAGAACAUUGAAACAAUCAAAUCCAAAGGAGAUGCGCUUGUCGACAGCCUAUCCUCCUACUCUAAUAUCUGGCACAGUGGUCGAUUGCUCGCCCAACAGCAUCUGACUUCAGCACUUGGAGAUUCCCUAGUAACGGCUGCUGCAGUAUGUUACCUGGGUCCACUUAUCCCUGAAGCACGUGAUGAAUUAUUCACUGAUUGGCUGAGGGUGUGUGACGGGGUGUCCCGAGCGCCUCGUCAAGGCUUUCUUACUUUAUCGUCCGUGUCACUUGCUGAUUCCCGAAAGGAAUGCAAGUAUGAUGACGGUGAGACAGGUAAGCCUGGCGUUGCUACCUUUUAGGUUAAACACAAUUCGGGAUAAACACAUCAGAGAUGAUCAUUUUCUUACUUUUUGCAUUAAACACCAAAAUUUCUAAUCCUUGUGUAAGGAGACUUGGGUGCAAUGUCUUAUUUGAAUAGAGUGCGUAUGUUGUAUAGUGGAAGGGGUUGUUCAGGAAUUUUCUCUUAUGGAAAUGACGGUUACUAAUAUCUUAAUAGGAUAAAUUACCUUAAAAGCAAUUGCUUAUUGUUACUUAGUUGACAAAUCGUUACUGAGGCUUAUGUACCGUAUGUUUACACAGGAAGGGACUCCCGUCCUGCUACACAAUCCACUUUGGUAUCAACCAUAACCACGAACAUUGUUCCUGUCAGAGAGGACGUGUCAUUGAAGGCGAUAUUGGCGGCUCCCAACGAAUUAGAGGACUGGAGGAGAAAUGACCUGCCCACCAAUGAACAGGCGGUAAAUAACGCUUUGAUACUGAGAAGCUGUGGGGAUGAUAGAACACGCGCAUGGCCACUGUUGAUUGAUCCUCAUAAUCAGGCUGAGUUAUGGAUAAGAGCACUGCAUCAAGGUAUUCCGAACCAUAUGUGUACUGUUAGUUUUCUGGUAUAAAUCUUUUCUUUAAAACCUGCUUAUACAUGUAUCUGUGGGUAAAAAGAUGAUAAAGCUAUUGAAAUUUUAUUUCAAACUUUGACUGACUUCCUUUAGUUUUUCUCCGGCGAUUCCUUUCUAUAAUUUUCUCAAAGAAAUGCACCUUGUAAUGGCUGCAGGUUCUUGAACAACGAGCCCUGAUUGUUAGUUUUUAUGUUUAUUUUUUUUUUUAAAUGAUAUUUUCCUUGGAAAUUUACCUUUAAGUUUCCUCUUCAUGAACUACACUCAGCUUACUCAGUUCUUUCAAUAAGAUAUGAAGUAGGUGGCUACCUCGGUAAAGCACCCGCCGGAGGAUAAUAUGAAAAACAAUUUCGCUUUAGUCAGACCAUAAGUUUCAUUAGAGUAGAAUUGCUUCAAACAGAGGUUUCUGUGUUGAACUUUGGUAAAUGAUUGAUAAUAGUGUCCUUUGUAACAAUUUUUUAAUUGAUUGUUUGUUUGCAAACCUGCUGCUUGAGUUUCACACAAAAAGUCCUCCGAAAGGACAUGUGGUUACUCGUUACUGAAACUUGAGUCAGUAUGUUCUUGUGAACUCAAGAUCUUAUUUUUCUUGGAAAUUUGGCAUACAGUAUGUUAAAGACAAUAUCGAUAGUUUUUUACUCAAAAUUUAUCUAUAAUGAUGAUAGUCGCCUGAAAGAAAUCUAAAAGACUUCUUGUUGAGUUUGUUUGAAAGCUUCCAAAAAGUCACAGAAAGAUCCAGAAUGGCAUUAACCAUUCAACAUCGCAUAAUACUAAAACACUUUCAACAGGCAGUCAACAAAAAUAAUACUAGACAAUAUCCUGUGUGCAUCAAAUUUCCGUCUGCAUAUGUUCUCAAAUUUUGAGGCUACAAUCCAAACCUUCCUUCGGCUGACUAAGUUAAAUUCUAUUUUCCAUUGGUACAUCCUUAUUUGACUCACUUAAAGUAUUUGCACUGUAAUACCAUGGUAAGAAAUUCUAAUCAAGACCUUUCUUGAAGUAGAUGAAGCGGUGGAUCGUGCCCCCAGCAGUCGUCCAGACACUAGACAGUCAGGGCGGUCCUCUCGCCUAUCCGGAAGCUCAUCCGUUGACAUGGAAGCCUUCCCGACUCUUCAUUAUCCUCAUCUUCAGCAGGCAUCUGAGGAAGAAUUUGAAGCUGAACCGCAGCACUACGACAAUGAGGUUGAUCAGUUUCUACAAUCCUUAAGAGAAAAUGGUAAUGUACAAUCACGUGGACGAAUUUGAAAUAAGUUCUGCACUAAUUUUCACCCAUGGAUUACUUCUUUGAGCGAAUGUCUUUUGAAGAAAAGAAUUUAUACUUAGACCACAAUUCAAUCGUGAUAUAAGAAGCAAAAGGAUUUUUGCUGUUUAGAGAAGCUCGUGGUUACUAAAAGUAAAUCAGGACUGAUAGACUUUUAAAAGUUACAUGAUAUGAUACAACCUGACUGACUUUUUUAGGAGGUAUUGCUGUAAUGCAAAUACAAUGUGCCCUUAAACUUAGAACAUUCUAUUGGCGAAUGGCAGAUAUCUCGCCUUGUACUGACUGAUGCGAGUUGUACCUGUCUGUUUAUUUUUAGACGAUCAAGAAUCCAGAUUUCCUGAGACGGAGACACAAGCCACUUCUAGGACGGAGCGCACAGCAGGCAGCGCUUUGACGAGCGCGAGUGACAAGAUGUUGAAAGAGAAACUGGCUGAAGCCAUGGGAAUACAGGUACAGUUGAAACCAUAUAUAAUGUUGUGACGGCUUUUUAACCUUGAAACAUACCACACUGUGUUUUUCGGGUUAGUUUUAUCUUAUCUUUCCUAUCCUAAACCUACAACUCAUAAAAACCGAUCAGAUUGGUGUCAGAGUAUUUCCAAUAAGGUAAGAAACGUGUAGGUUUCUCAGUGAUACAAUAUGCAGCAUAUUUGACAUGAUAGGAUCCUAAACGGCGAGCAAUAAAUCAGAAAUGUGUUAUGUAUUUCAACCUGUGAUCUUGUGGUCUGAUCGUACGGGUAUGAGUAGUCCUUAGGAAUGUUGUCAGUUAGAGACAUUGACGUUUCGACAACCUCGGCGGGAUUCUUCAUCAGAGUCGAGUGAAAAUUUGUGUUUAGUUGAUGUCAUAAGUCUGGUUCGUGUAAACUGAUUGGUCAGAUCUGCUGUGAUGAUGUUGAUGGAGAAACUUAAGUAGCGUAAGUUGGUCGUGAUUUGUCAGUUUUGAGCCGUCGGUAAUUUCCAAUCAAGGUCAAGGCUUGUGUUAUCAAGGUAAAGACAUGGCUUUCUUCUCCCUUGAUGUUUUUUGUCCUUCAUAUUCUUCAACAUACAAAACUUGGUUUCUCGUUCUUUUCAUUGAUCACUAUGACUUGCAUUCUUUGGUUUUAGAUCGACAGCAGUCCUCUGCCGAUACCACCUGGUACCUCUCCAGUGUUAACUUUGAGUGAAGGACGAAUCCUUGUCGUUUCAGCUGAUGAUCCUUUAAUAGGUAAAUAAUAAUUUCUGACUUGAUAAUCCGCUGGUGUUGUUUUGUCAGUUCCAAUUUCCUCGCUUAGCGAUUGUUAGAGAGUUGCCGACUUUCUGAUUCAACGUUUUGAGGUUGAUAAUUGAAUCUACUCGAUCGACUCUUAUUUAUAUGUGAUGACACUUAUAAGCAAUAUACAUUAAAUCCAACAAAGUGAUCAAUCCCAAUGACGCUGAUGUGUAUUCACUUUAAGAAAUGUGCUGAGAAGAAAGAAAGUCCAUAAUAAUCAAUAAAAGCUAUAGAGUGCCUUGCGUUUAUAUCCGUAGAAUCGCACCGAAAAUAGCAGUCAAAGAGCUUUUUAAACAACAGAUAUCCCACGAUGCUAAUAUAAGAGGUUGUACCUUCAGAUCAGUGCUAGGAAAUACGGCGAGAUUAUUCAAGACUAUUCAUUAUCCUUGUGUAACUUUUAUUUUGAAUUUACUAACUACUUACACUGUUUUAGUCGAAAAACUACAAGCCGCUGUCAAGAAAGGACUAGUGACACUGGUCACACACGUUGAAAGACGACGCUGGAACAAAGCGCUGGAGCUGCUCCUUACCCGACAAACCUUCACCAACACUGAGGGUAAUCUUCAGAUGAUUAUUGGCAAGACUGUCGUGGAUUAUAGCCCUUCCUUCCGGCUCUACCUCAGUUCUACCUUGCCUUUGUUCAUACCUGGUGAAGGGCAAUGUCCGCUUCCAUUUUCCAAGGCGUGUACCAUCAACAUGAGUGUGAGCCGGGAGGGAAUCUGCGACGCACUGCUAGCGGACACGUUACAGCUUGAAAGACCAGAGUUCGACGGACAGAUGAGAUCGAUCGACAGGGAUAUUGGUCUUCAUAAGCAACAGAUCAAUAAUGCCAAGGUUUGAUGUUCUUUCACCAUACUUCUGUUCUAUCUUUUUUCUUUGAUCCAGAAUUACAUUUGCAAACCCAGGAUAGUGUAUUGCUUGGUUCAUAUAUCGGUUUGCCAAAUCAAUAUUAUUGUCAUUUAGUACUUACCAUUGAUUCCACCUUUAUUUUUGGGUAGGAGAACAUCCUUGAGAAGGUUCUGAACCUUAGUGGUCCUCUGUUGAAAGACUCUGCUAUGCUGGAUGCGGUGACACAGAGUAAAGAUCUGAUAUCCAUGGCAGAAGAUAGAUGCCGCGAAGCUGAGGUGAGCCAAUUUUUCUCUUCACGAAUGUGUUCACCAGCUUAUGCAGUUUAUUCAUUAUUCAUUUGUUUUAUUUUCAUUACUUACCCCGCGGAUUGGGAGAGUCCGCGCUCUCUCUCUAGAAGGAACUGCCCGUAUCCCCGAGGUGUAGCAAUGGUUUUGUUUUCAAUUCCUUUUUUUGCUCGGCUGCGUUAAUGAACCAUCACGAGACAAAUACAUAGUUAGACAACAAAAAAAAUCCUCUCUACCCUUAGCCAUACUUGUCCCCGUUCAAAGGUUUCUUCCAAAUUAGAGACAACUGUCAAACACUUAAGAAACAGCUUCAUAGAAGACAAGAGAUCCAGAAACAUAUGGGGAAGUCGGAGAAGCGUUUUUCGAUUUCGCUAAUAUGUCUUGAAUCACUUUUAGCUGCAGAAACUGAAUGUGACUGUGGCAGUUAAGGAAACGGGGGAAGCGCUGGUUCGACAAAGUUAAGGGUUCCAUCGGUAUGAUCUUUCUUUUUUUCCUACUCAGGUAAUGAAAACAGACCUACUAGCGAAGCAAAAUGAUUUUCUUCCUGUGGCUCAACAUGGAGCAUUGUUGUUCUCGGUUAUUAACGAGUUGCGUGAACUUCAUCCUUAUUAUCGCUUUCCACUGGAGUUAUUCAUUCAGCUCUUCCGCGACACUGUAGUCGAGAGGAACCGCGGAAAGAAAGGAAGCGGGUCACCGGCUGCCAGAGCAGCAGAACUCAUCACUGCUCUGUCUAGGAAAAUAUUUGAUCGUACCUCGUGGAGUCUAUUUCAAAGUAGGCGUCAUUCUUUUAUCUUUUGUUAUUAUUAUUGUUGAUAAAUUUUUUAUGUUCUUUUUGCUAUCCUUAUCUAGGGUUCGCAAUGAGAUCCUUGAGUAAUGUGCAAAUAAAUGACCUGGAAAAAGAUAUCUAUUUAAAAAAAAACUGGGAAAAAUUAUUGACUUUUCUCUUACAGCAAGAGCUAAUUGGUGAUGUUUGUAAGGUACUUAAGAUGCACAUCAAUUGUUAGGUGGUUUGGAGACAUUUUUAAAGCGACCUUAUCGCAGUUUGGUGAAAUGAAAAUGUGGAACACAACGGAGUAUUUUGUAUUGUACCUUUUUUGGCUAAUUGAUUAAUUUAAAUUGAUGGUCCGUCUCUUAAGGUGAAUCCUCAGAAGAAAUAGUUAUCGAACCAUUUUUUUUAACUUUUCUGACAAUAAAAAAGAUAGAUCACCGAGCUUGUUUAAGAGAUAUAAUGGGCCGAAUUAACCUCACUUAAGCCUGUACUGGCACUUAUCACGUGCGUCUUGUCAUUGGUUCACGGUCCAUUACGCAGUAGCUGGUAGCAAGGGUUUCUAAAGUAACACUUGAAAAGAAACUUAAUAGGCAGAAAGCCUCGAGCGUAUGGAACAAUUUGAUAUGUAGUUCGUGGAAAAAUCAGACAAUUUGAUACGACAUCGUCUCACAAAGUUCCUCGAGUCGUUGCUUUCAAGGUCAUAAUUUACACGCCUUUAGCUGUAAAAAAUUUUUCCCUUUGAUGAAUUUUUUUUAUAAUUUGUAUAAUAAACAAUUACCCAAGAAAAACUAUAGAUCAACUUGCUCAUUCAAGGGCUAAAGACCAUCGUACCUCUUUCCUUUGUCCAUUAAUUGAAAAACAAUACCGUGCUCUUAGAAUGCGCGCGUCAUUCCGCCUGAUUACGUUAUUUUUAUGCGCAGUACAGGAUGCGCAGUGCAAUACUGAGGAAUCACCUUAAGUAGCUUUGGCAAAUUAUAAAUCUCUUGUCCAGGUGACAAUCACGUGUUUGCAUUCUUACUGGCCGCCGAGAAACUGAUGAACAGUAGAUCUGUGUCACGUGACGAAUGGAAGCUGUUUACCGAGGUUUCGAGAAGGUCCGAAUUGGAUCAUCCAGAAGAAAGCGAAGUGCUAAAGCCGUCGUGGAUCACGCAUAAGGUAGGCAAUUUUCAUUCUUCUCAUUUUCAUUCUCCGGUCCUCCUCAUGUUGUAAGUCUUCUCAUCUCGCGGGUGAUCUCAUCCCGAGGGUCUUCUCAUCCCGCAGUCUUCUCAUUCUGCGGGUGUUUUCACCCCGUGGAUAUUGUCAUCGUGCGGGUGUUCUCAUUCCGCUGACGUGUUCAUCCCGCGGGAUUGUUUUGCUGGUCUUUCCAUCCAGCUGGUUUUGUCAUCCUUCGGGCUUUUCCAUCCCGUGGGUCAUUUUCUCGUUUGGGAAAACAAUGUCGUGAAGACAAGGCUUAUUUAAGGUUUGUGUCACGAUUUUUGUUCCUCAAAUAGUGUAUUCCAAAUUUUUCAAUUUCGUUGCAUUCCGUUGCAAUCUUUUCCAUUCUCAACCAUCCAUGUUUCUUCUUACUGAAAUUAAUUUUGUUUGUGCUGAAAUGCGACUUCAAUUUUUUAUGAGUUGGGUCCUUUAUGUUGAUCGAAAUCCCAAGAUCUUAAAAUUGUGUUCCAAAUAGGUGACAAUAAACGUACUAGUAAAUGACAUACAAAAGUCAUUUUACGGCUUGCAAAACACGUUUGUCAUCGUCUGGAAGGGGUGAAUAUUUUCUGUGACCAUUGACGUUAUUCCCUGAUGGUGGUUAUAACAAUGCUAGUCUUUAAUCGGCGCAUCAUUAUUUCACAGUACGGCUGCUGCUACUAUUGUUGCUGCCGAAGCUUAUCUUCGUCUCACUAGAAGUAAAUUGUGGCCACCCUUUUAUCAUUAUUCCAGGUUUGGGAAUCUGUGGGUGACCUCGAGCGCCUUCCCGUUUUCAUUGGAUUGAAGCAAUCUGUCGCAGAACACUCGCAUCAAUGGCAGGAGUAUUUCAAUGUAAGAAACCGAGUUUUGCUCAUUGUUCUAAACCCUCGUAUUGUGGAGCGCUUUUUUUUGCUUUUUUUUUCCUGUUUUGUUUUUUGUUGUUGCUCACUUCUGUUUUUUUGUUUUGUUGCUUUAGUUAUAAUUUUUUUCGUUUUGUUUUUUUUAACAAAAAUCUGACAUCAAAUAAGUAAUGGCAAUAGGAAUGGGUGGAGUUCCAAUUCUGUCUGUAAUCACACCAGUGAUUGACAAAGUUGAACGACCGCGAAGUGGGAAUCCGAUUUGUUAAUUACGAGUAUGAUUGCAGACGGAAUUAAACUAAACAGGGUCCUGCUAACAAUUAAUCAAAACGAUGACAAGAUUUGAUUAAAAAAAAUUAGCCAUUGGUUAUACUUUUUUAUAUAUAAAACAAAAGUUAAAUCGGCGAAAUGCACGACAACAGCUUGCGGACAUGACGUGCACUUUGCAAUUACACAGGUAUGCCGCGUACGCACUUUUUCGGGCUGGUGAUAAUCAAUCACGUUUGAGAAUUUUGAAACAGCUUUGAUUUUCUGCGGUAAUUCGUCAGUCUUCAUUUUCCUUUUGCAGCUGCCUCCUGUACUUCUCAGUGUCACUCCUGGUGACUACAAUCAUCUGACCAUCUUUCAGAAAGCUUUGCUUUGGAAAACCUUCAAACGAGAUCAGGUGGGUUCUGUAAUCGCUCUCAAUGUAGGUUUUCUUGCAUUUUCGAUACCUGUUGCUUUAUUUAUUGAUCGAUGGGUCUGUUUAUUUCUAUGUCGGUUACAGUUAUUCCAUGUUUGCCAAGAGAUCGUUCUCUAUCAAAUGGGAGCCAAUAUGAUCCGGCCCUUGGGCUACGACCUGAGCCAAGUAUGCGAUGUCAUCAAUCGGUCUCGACCAGCGGUCCUCAUGCUGCCCUCACAGAACAUUCUUGAGCAAGGAGAGGCAACUGUGCUCAAAGGUAAAAUGUUACAGUGGAAGGUAUACGGUCAGAAAUUAUUUAGAAGCAGAGAACUUUAAGUGUCAUUGUUAAGGUUGAACAACUAAGUGAUUCUCAGUCUCUUUAGAAUGAAGCGACCACCUUAGGGUGUUUUCCCUUCCCGGGUGAUGUGCUGGAGAAAAUUUCAACUGAGUGUCGAUGAUAACCCAGGAUUCCCUUUAUUUCGAUUUAUUUCUUUGUGUGAUUAGUUUUAAAAACAUCGCGCCAGCUUCUCAACUAAUCAGAUCCAAAACUAAAACUAUUGGCGUCUUUGUCAUCCUUUUUCCAUUCAUAACUAUUUUAUAAUGGUAGUAGACCACACUUUUUAUCGGUUCACUUGCGCAAUAGCCCACUUGGGAUGCUCGAAAGCCGGUAAAUGAUUCGCCCUCUGCCGGAUUUACAGGUUUUUCUCGAAUCAAGAAGUCAAGUUUGUGAUUAUCGGGAAAACUUUCGGCGUGACAAACUGGCAACAUUAGUGGAAGAGGGGGAGUAAACCUGUUUGCUUCAGUUGAAUUUUUAACGAUGUACCAUAAACGAAGCUAUUGACAAUGUUUCCGUUAGUAAGGAAAUACUUUCUAUGACUGUCAAACUAUGUUUUGUUUUCCAGAUCCAGUAACCGAUGUAGUUAACCUUGCCCGUGCUCGGGGAAAAGACACGCCUCUUUUAAAGGUUACCUUCGGUGAAAAAGACGGUAUGGAGAAGGCCCUGAAGGCUGUGAAGCGUGGUUUAAACACUGGAUGUUGGGUUAUUCUUGAAAACUGUCAUCUGGCGGCCUGUUGGUCUGACGAACUCAUGCACGAAAUUGAGGUCUGCGUGCAAACGAAAUCCCAAUAAUGUUAUAAAUAUGUUUAUUUUUUUCCUGGGAGCAAAGCAUAUUGCCCCAAAUUUCGUGGCGAAAUUCCAUUCUUGUGGGUGUUAUCACUAAGGGGAACGAAAGACAUUGUAAUUACUUGUAGUUGAAAGAAUGGAAUGCUAGGAAAUAAUUCUUGUGUUGUAAAGUUCGAAGGGUAGAAAAGCAGAGCGGACGUUUAUCAACGUUCAUCAUGUUUUCGUCAGAGGAUGCCUGUCUAUGAGCGCGUGUAAGAAAAUACAAUUUUUUUCUUGGUGUGGUGAUAGUGUUCUGGCUUCUUUGAAAGCCUCUCCUCGGUUUAACUUAAUUAUUUUGUUCACAAUGUUUAUUGUUCUCAGGAAAUGGUUAAUUUACCGGUGAUUGACACAGAAGGCGACUUAGAGUGGCACAAUAUCGAAAAUAACAGCGAUGCUAAUGCGGAAAACGGUUCGGCUGAAGAUGUUUUUGUCCAUCCCGAAUUCCGGCUGUGGUUGACCACUCGUACGGAUAUCGGUUUUCCGCUGCCUGCUGUCAUUAUACACCGAGGGCUCAAAUUGGCGUGUGAGGCGCAGGGGCAUUUUGGAAACGCGGUCAGGACAAAUUGUCAAGUGGCAACAGGAUCACUGAAUAAUGGCGUACCUCUUUGGGGAGAAGCAGCAAAGGGAUCAGUUUUUAUGGUAAAGGAUCUAGAUGCUGGGUGUUUUGUUAAUUCAAGCACAAUAAAUGUCACGCAUAUUCUAUUUUUUUUUCGUACGCCCUCCUUUCAAUAAACGCCUCUCCUUUGAGCCAAUUUUUUACAUAGGCGCCCGGGUGCUUAUUCCAGGAAAUACGGCACCUCCAUUUCAGGAUUUGUCUCUAACUUGAAUUUGUUUCCAUUUGAUAGAGUGAUGUUCCUCCCAGCGCGAUUUUUACCUUGGCAUAUCUUCAUACCUUGCUUCUCCAAAGGAGAAAAUUUGGAAAUUAUUCCUUUAGCUGUCCAUACCAAUGGUAGGCAAAUGUUUCGUUAUCGUAGUUUUUCGCACAGGAAGCGAACUUCUCCGAUCAUUGUAUUGUUUUGAACCUUGAAACUGCUAUAUCACUGUUUUUAAGUCUCCCUAUGUCUAGUAACAACAAUAAUAAAAUUAACAAUAAUAGUAAUAAUAACUGAUAAUAAUUAUAAUAAUUAUAGUAAUGUUAUUAGUUCAUUUGCCCUAAUUUUGGCAUAAAACUUUAAAAUCAUAAAUUUUUUAAUUGUCUCCCCACGUAAUUUUCACUAGGUCUCAGGUAGAUUUGUUAGCAGGAUUAGAAGCUUUACGUCAUCUGUCACGUGCUAGUCAUGGUUCGUUGCCGCCUGCAGCUGUGGAAGUCAUGUUGGGAUAUACUGCUUACGGUGGUCAUGUGACAAAUGGCCUUGAUUUGGAUGCUGUGAGGUCCCUUGCGAACUCAGUUGCCACUGAAAAAUUGAAAAUGGUGUGUGGAUUUAGUUUGGUUGUUGACUGAUUCUCGAGACUCUGUUUUAAACUAGGUCGUCCUCCCCAUCUGUAAAAUUAUUCAGACUUGAUCACUGUUGCUUUUUAUCCGUUUAUGGUUGUAUCUGCUUCUUCUCAUUAGAGACGUCUACCUCUCGCUCGUAAACACUCUAAUUCUGUUCUUUGCAUUGAGAAAAUAUCCGUGUUGCAUUUUAAAGUAGCUUCGAAGUAAAUAGACAUAUCUCCUCCAACUUAACUUUUCCAUGGUCCAAUCAAGCCUUUCGCCAAGGUAAACUCCUAAUAUUUUCCUCAUUUUCACUCUUUCCCACACAAUGCGAAGUAUUCCAAACGUAUUGAGCUCCUCUUUACUAUGUAAAUCAUCGAAAAUGUAGGACGGUUCAACUUCUUGACGAGUUUUGUUUUACAGCUUUCAUCUAAUUUUCUUUUAGAAUUCUGUGCAGGAGACAUCAACAUAUGAACAAAUCGAGAAGUACAUGGAAGAUUUACCUGAAGCGUUAUCGUGUCAGCAACUUGGUCUGAGUGAUGUGUGCAGUUCAGCUUACCAGUCCAAACUCAGCAGGUUUGUGCAUCGCUAUCGGUUCGUCACUGUUACAAGCUGCUCAUGUACAAUCCAAUCUUUUCUGGCCUCAGCCAUUAUUUCCCACUUCCCACGUUGGGGUUUUAACUCAUAUUACAAUAGUUGAGCUUUUAACCGAUUUCAUGUCACAUUUGCAGUUCUCUCGCGGAACGACUGGCGCUCAGCGCAAGAUACCAACCUACCGCCCUUUCGAUUGAAACCCAGGUGAAGUCGGUUGCUGAGGAAACGCUGAAUAAACUCACAAACAUUUUAGACUUGAUCAAGUCACACGAUUUGGCGAGUAAAGAAACCACGGCUAUUGCGUCAUUUAUUCAGCGAGAACUCCUUUACUUCCAAAAUCUCUACGAAAGCACUUCGAGAGAGAUUGAACUCUUUAUUAACGCGUGCAGUGGACAUGUCGCCUUUACUCCAGAUCUGUAUAACAUAGCGUUGUCGCUAGGACGCUAUGCUGCUCCGUCAAAAUGGCUGCUUGGCAGCACCCGGGAUAUGAGUCUAGCUGAGUGGUUAGAAGCCCUGGAGUCCCAAGUGAAAGCUCUUUGUUCGUACUCAUUUCCUUCGUCUCUUCAGCCCUCUUCGUAUUGGCUUGGGGCGUUUGCUCAUCCCCAGGCGUUUCUAGCAUGUGUACUUAUGGCUCAUGCGCGCUCUGCAAUGAAAUCUGUAUACGUUCUGGAGUUUUCGGUUGAGGUAAUAAUUUCGCAAUUACCGCUUUAUUCCUUAUCUCCUAAAAGUGAUCAAGACUCUAAUUAGGAUGGAUACCAAUCAGUUCGGGUAGGAACCAACUCAAGUUGGGUACGAAUCGACCGAAUAUGGGUUCGAAACGAUUGUGGGUGUGAAAUGAAUGAAUACCACUUCGCCAUACAGUAUCAAGUCAUUUUUAGUGACCAGUUAACGGAAAGCUACAAGCUAAUCGGCUGCAAGGAUUUUAUCGUAAUGUAACUCCAAAUUCUCUUAAAGUAGUUUCCUGGUAACUUAGAGCAGCCACAAGAGAGAAUGGCUAAAUAGCUCUUGUAGAUACUUUUUUUUUAAAAGAAUGACAUUAGCCACAGUCCUCGUCACGAUUUUUCUUUCCUCUCUGGUCAAUGUAAAAAAAAAAACGGUAGCGGAGUGUCUCGACAAACUUUGACGAGGAUUGUGGUUGGAAGGAGAGACACCAUUGGCCUUUUUGUGAAAGCAGGGCUCAAAUGAUAAAACGCAUUUUCAUUCCUUUCGCAGAUAAUGGAUCCAAAUUUCUCUCCCACUUCUCCACCAGAUCGUGGUAUAUUUCUCAGAGACUUGAAACUGAGUGGAGCAUCAUGGGAAGGCGGUCGCGGAUGUAUCAUUGAAGCACCUGAGUCACGUGACAUUUGCGAUUUGCCAAUCGUUUGGUUAAAGCCUGUGGAGGUUAUAAGAUCGCGGGCGCCAUCAGCCAAAGUUGAAAAACUGCAAAGCGAUUUGCCGUUUUUCAAUUGCCCUCUAUUUGUGGGGAAAAGCUGGGGCGAAGAUGCUUCAGCUCUUGUCACCAGUCUUCCGUUACCUACUGCCGUGCCGGAGGAAUUGUUAAAACAGCGAAGAAUGGCGAUUGUAUCCCAUACUUGUUAAGGACGACAGUGUCUAUAUCAUCCAUUGAUCCAUAAUUUAUUUAAAAUGCGGACCCCUUUUUUUUUUCGGUAGAAUUUCCGCACAAAAUGAACUAAUGGCGUUAAGUGUUGAAUGAGAUCUUUGAGAUCGUCUAUUUAUUGGGUUCUAUUUCAGAAAAACGACUUGUAAAAACGUGUUUAGUUAGCUGCCAGGAAAGAAUCUAAAUUUCUAACUUAAGUGGUCAAAUCCAUUGGCUGAUUUACUUACUUCAGCUCUUAGCCUCAAGUAACUAAGAAUAAUAAUGAACAUUUAUGAGAGAGGCAAUUUGUAAUAAUCAGUUUUUCUGGUACACAAGCGUUUCCUUGUUGUAACAUAUCGAUAAAGAAAAUUUUUUUAAAGUGAGGAAAGCUGUAUCUUGUUUGCUGCUAAAAUAUAUCGUGUUAGUUUUUCAUUGCACCGUUUCUUGAUAUUAUGAAUACCCAUUCUUAAAAAUAAGGAGAUAUCACUUGGCCAUGACACGCACUGAGUUUCUUCUUUAUUGACCUCCUUGAAAAAAUAUCUCAAGUUUUCCUCUUUACGGAGGUCUUUUCUCCGUUCCUUUUUAAAUUAAUGCAGGUUUCAAGCCGAAAGUUCACGAUAACUGCGUGUGAGGAAACGUUUCUUACAAUUAAUU